CCGACUCACCGCCCGCCGCUCGUCGCGGCCCGCGUACCGUUCCGCUGUACCGCCACCGACGAUCGCGCGCACAGAGGAUUUCCCACCGCGGAGCGCGUGUUCGCCGCCUUGUUGUUUUGUUGUUGUGUUCAUUCGUCAGCUGUUCGCCGGAUCAGACGCGCGCACGUAGCCGCGAACGAUUCACGUAUAUUAAAUCGUAUCUCACGCGCGUUCUUCUCGCCGUCGUCGUCGUUGUCGUGUGUCUUUGUCGUAGAGUUCCGGCAGUCCGAGUACAACUUAACUGUUCUGUAGACGUUUAGUGUUUUCUCGUCCGCGACCCAACGACUGUCUUUCUGCACACACGCACCGACACUGUCCGCAGAAACGUACCGACAGACGACUGUGCCGGCCGCCGCGCAGGUAAAUCGUCAGCUCAUCAUCAUCGGUUUGUUGCCGAUUAUUUUCGUUAAGAUUAGUACUUAGCGACUGCCUAUAGCGCGUUUGUCAUUUGUAUCGAUUACGCCGGAGACGGUAUCUCGACAAACUUUGCCGCGACCAUAGUAAAUUAUUAUCGUUUUUCCCGUAACGAGUGAACGAAAAAAAAAAAAAUACGCUUAUAUCAAACGGAUUAAGAACGGAUUGAACCCCGGCUUUUUGAGAGCGGGCCGUUGGACAAUUUUACCGGCCAAAGUCGAGUGACCGUUUAUCCCCGUGCGCACGGUAUUGCGUAGUUGGUAAAACGUUUUUACCGUCUCCGACACGACUGUCGCCGCGGCCGACCACUGACCGCCCGUCGCCAGCUCGUGCGCACGUGCGAUUCGCGUAUAAAUGAUUGCACAACAAUGCCUACUUUUUUUUUUUUUCUCGUCACGACAUCGCGACACGGUCGCACGUGGGAGAUCCAGGACGGUCGGGGGAUCGCUCGCGAAUCACGAGUUCAACAUUACGCGGACGGAACGAUCCGCGUGAUUUUCUGUGUCCGGGUGUACAAUAAAUACCAAUUAUCGUGUCGCUACUUUCAAUAACAUCGUUGUUUGUUUUGAAUGCGUUACCUAAAAAGAGAAACGGUCCGCGAAUCGGAUCACUCGUUCUUGUUUUGAGUAGCGUAGGGGACAUUUGAGAGGGGAGAGGGGAGCAGAGCCAAACGAUUUGUUGUAGAUUUGUUUUAUUCUCUAAUAAUCGGUUUUAAAAGCUUCGUUUUACGCGAACCUGUUCGGAGAUUCGGAGCGUAGUGAAGAAUGUAUUGGUUUCUCAAUGGUAUUUUUUUUGCAUUUUUUUUUUUUUAAUCUUGCAUCUAAUUUUCAAUUGUAGUGUCUUUUGCGCGAAAGGAAACUUUAUCUGAGCAGUACUUUUGAGGGGUUCAUUUUUAGAUUUUCCAAGCGGUUUCCUUAACAAUUGGGGGAAAAACGUGAAAAUGUACGUGCACGUAUAUAAGAAAUUUCGCUCCGAAUCAUGUUUCGUUAGCAACGGUCUAUCACCGCGUACAGACAUAAAUUAAAUUCCUCUCCAUAUCCUCUAUAUAAUUUUCCCGACUUCUCACCUACAACAGCGGCCUACCCAUCGUGCCCUAUCAUGUAUACGUCCGUCUUUUUUGUCCGUUAGAAAGACAAGAGACCGCGAAUGUCGCCGUGACGUUCUCUUAAUAAUAUACGGUCUUUGUUUUUUAUUUAUUUAAUUUCUUUCAACAUUUUUCACGGGACAAAAGCCCUUUAAAUACAAUAACAAUGAUAACAAGAAAAAAAAAAAGUAAUAAAAAAAGGGAAAGAAAAUGCAUACAGCAAUGUUAUAAAUUGAUAGGGCAUUUAGAAAAAAUAACUAAAGCUUUUGACCUAAAGCUUUCUCGGGACAUGAAAAAGAAAUCAACGUUGGAACAAAUUAGGUUACAAAAUUAAAAGCGCUCUCGGGAAAAAAAAAAGCCUGUGCAAACUUUUACGUGAUAAAUCGGGACAAUCAAUAUUAUUAUUGAGAAGACCAAUAAGACGUCAGCUGGCUUACGUUUAACCGCACAUGGCUGAACAUGAACAGAAUCCGCUACUAAUGGCAUCGGAUCCCUGGGAUUAGGUAAAUUUAAACGGAAGGCAAUUGAUUUUAGGGAUUUAUCGCGCGGUUAAAGGUGUUUUCGGCAAUCAUUUCGAAACGCACAUUUUAUCAUUUUUUUUUUUCUACGUUAAAACAGCGAGCGGUGGGCUUUCUCGCGUUGUACCCAUUAAUGAAAAUAUUCGCGCGGUUUUCGACCUACGCAUGCGAGUGUGUGCUGUGCGCAUUUCUCGCGGACAUCUGCAAAUUAUUGCGCGCAGUUGGAAAAAACACGCGGCCCGCUUUGUUUUCGUCGUCGAGCCAGCCCGCAGUCGCUGGCGACUCCUCCGUCGUUCGGUCGUGUCGAAUCGUGUUUUUUCAUGGUUCGCAUAGACACCGAUCGCUGUACGUUAUUUUAUUGUUGUCGACUCGACUGCCUGGAUUCAGAUGUCCGGAGAGGCCCCGGGGCCGGCGUUCUCAACGAGGUCCUGAACAAAACAAAAUCAAUAAAAAUGUGGUUAAAUAUCAUUACUCAAUAAUUAACAGGAUAAUAAUAAAAAAAACAAAACUAACGUAUACUACCUACAUAAUAUAAUAGAGGUCUGUUCGUAGUUUGCGCUAAUGACCGUCGACGAAAAGACAUUAAUGAAAGCGACGAAAUUUCAUAAAAAACAAAGUCGACGAUUAAAUUUAUAGACAAACGAGUAGAUAAAGAAUAUAAUGUGUAUAGUAGGUACCGUGGCGAAAAACCGAGGCUCCCGGAGUUUUGUGAUCUAGGGGGGGGGGUUGCCUCCGGAUCACCUAUUCUCCUUAAUCCGGCGUUCAGUGAUGUUGAAUCCAGGUAUUUGACAGGAGGGCAAUAGCCUGUAGCUCCUGUAAUUUUGUUUGUCCCCCUAUUAAAUGUGGGUAAAAUAUUAAUUAAUUAAAUAACUAAACAAAUUUGACCGGUGUUAGUAAGAGAGUACAGAAACAAAAAAAAAACAGUAAUUUCUUCGAAUUUUUUUACACGCGAAAUUGGUACUCGAUAAUAUUUCUGCUGCGUUUAAAUAAUACGAAUAAUAAGGAGUAGGUACCUAUGUUUUUUUUUCUUUUUUUUAUGAAAGUCGAACACGAACAAAAGACGGUUUUUUGACAUUUUUUCCUCUAGAUCUAAUAGCUUUCAAUAGUCUGAGAGAGAUCGACCGAAAUGCCGUUUGAGGUAAAUGCCCAGUUUCCUUAACUCCCCAAAAUGACGCCGCCGAUUAUGACGUGUUUAUUGCCUGUGUAAGCAAUACAUUUUAGCACACAUUUGGUGUAAGUAGGACAUAAUAUUUUUAAAACAAAUUAAAAUUCUAAUUAAAUUAUUAUAAUAAAAGCAAAUUAUAAUAAUAUUAAUUACUCGACCGAUCAAAAUACAACUACUCCAAUUUUAGACAAAAUUAAGUGCAUAAUUGCAAUAUCAUUUUUCAUUCAUAAUCCGUGUCGUAUGAUUUCAAUUUUUAAUGCACUACUAUAUAAAUUACAUGGAAUAUUAUUAUUUACCUAAAUUAGGGUAAAAUUCGUCCCGUUUAGUAUAAGUCUUUAAACCUAUUCGAUUAUACACAGUCAGAACCUGUUUACUUUAUUUUUACCGAGCAGGAGGUUAAAAAAUAUUCGUAUUUUUUUUUUUAUGGUGGGUGUGCGAGGAUACAGUUUAUUUUUAAAAGUUUUUAUGUACAUAUUAUUAUGGACGAAACAUAUUUUUUAAGUCUUGUUUGCGUAAUAAAUUCCCUGAAAGUUUGAUUAGUCAGAAACUCGGGAACACCUCUCGACGCCUGUCCCCUUUUACCCCUUCGAAGUUUUUCCCAUUUUGUUUAACCACGACCGACGUACAACGAUUUGUCGAUCCGAUUUUAUAAAUGUUUCAAAAUCGUGACGGUUGAAUUAGGACGUUAGAGGUUAGAAGAUAUACAAACAUUUGUAUAAUCGAAAACGAAACGAAUUAAUUCGUUUUCGUUCCUUUUCUGCAUACGUGUACUUAAAUAUAAGAUAGUAUUUCGAUUUGUUUACUUCCGCACGAAUGUUACAAAACAUUUAGGGCGUAGAAAAAAUAAUUAAUAUUAUUUUUUUUUUUUUUUUGUAUAGGUAACUACGGUGAAAUUUAAUUCAACAACCCAUUUCGUACCUCUUGCACCGACAUAUAUAAUAAUAUUAUUAUUAUCAGAAAUAACGCGCAGCAGCUAUUAUAAUAUGCAACUUGCUACUAGAAGUAUUCUGCAUCACGUUUCUACGGUAAAAAUAUAUUACAGUUAGGUCGUGUGCAUGUUCGAUAUUUUUAUGGCGUAUAAAAAAAAAAAAAAACAACGUAGUAUUAUAAUUUCUAUUAUUUACGCGUUCGACGAUAGGACCGGGUGUAUUAUAAUACACGCUGCAGUAGCGUCUCUCUCUUUUACGUUAAAAACAUAAUUCCGAUUAUAUUAAAAUAAACGCGGAAGUAACGUGUUAAAAUUGCAGUUUUAAACGGGUUAAAUGUUCGUAUAUAGGUAAAUGAUUUCUUCGUUGUUUCCCGGUGAAUAAUGCGAAAUUGUAUUGGGCAGGGGUACCUAUAUGAAUUUACCUAUCUGAAACGAACGCGACGUUCAAAGGAAACAUCAAAUUUAUACUAUCAGCCGCAGUGUAUCCAGAGGUGGGAGUUUUCCCCCUUCCCGCCCUCCGAAAUUUGAAAUUUUUUUUUCUUACUUCGUGUACGUCACGCACUCCGCCCGUUUAUCGCGAUUUGUUAUCUCGAAAACCUAUACGAAGACUAGUGAUGAGAAUCCGAAAAUCCGGAUUUUUCAAAAACAACGCUAUUUAAGCCCCUUCAAAAUCGUAUAAAUAUUAUAUAUUAUUACAAUAUAAACGUUAAAGAUAAAUGUUUGGAUAAAAAUUCGAAAAAAAAAAAAAAACUCUUAACUUUAAUUAUAAAAUGCUUUCCAAACUCGGAUUCCGGAUUUUCGGAUUUCAACAAAUCCGAAAUCCAAAAGCAGUUUAAUUUUUUGGUUUUAUGUUUUAUUUUUAUAUUUUCAUAAAAAAACUAGUUGUCCCGUCCGUUGUUGCCCGUGCCGAUUUUUUAUUGUAUGUUUUACCCAUAUUACUUUUUUGUAUUGGCCGUGUCGUUAUUGAAUGAAAACAAGUAGGUGGAAAGUGGGUAGUCUACCUUCGGCGGAUUAAAAGUGUUCUGUUGUGACAGUUUUUCAUGGUUUUCAUACCAACAAUAUCUAAACACCGAAUUUUUGAGAGGAGGGAGGGGGAGGAGAUUUCAAAGGAAAUGAAGUCUAACCUAAUAACCUAUCGGGGUGUAGGAACGCUCGGUAGUGGGGGAGCGCGUGUACUGUAUUAUAGAUGUCACUUGCAGAUGGCACGGCGUUUCUUUUAUACCUUUAUGUACGUAUUUGCCGACAAUUUAUAUUAAUACAAAAGUAGUAAUUCGAUCGUUAUAAUUUGAGAUCGGAUUUAUAUGUUCUUAAAAUCCACAGGAAAGCACUUGAAAACGUUAAAAAGCGUUGAAAAAAAUAACUUAAAAAAUGUAUAAAAACGCAAAAAUAAUAAAAGAGGUUUAAAAGAGUCCCUUCCUCUAACUGAUUUAAUUUAUAAAUACAAUUUUCUAACACUACAAAAAUGAUUAUUAAAAAGUAUUUUUUUUUUUUUAUAAUACGUAUACAAUUUUAUUUAAAAGAAAUUAUUUUGUAUGAAUCAAUUUUAUAGUGUUAGGAAAUUAAAUUUAAUAAGUUAGAGCCAUUAGUGGGGGGGGGGACUUCUAAACUCUUCUAUAAUUUUUUGCUUUUUUGGUGUUUUUAAGCGCUUUUUUUGUGGAUUAUAGAGAAUAUAAAUCCGGUCUUUAGUCAUAAUCUAUAUGUAUUAUGUAUAAAAAUGAAUAGAUAUUUUGUCGGUGACGCACUGACGCCAUAACUUGAAUACCAUCCAAAUUUCCAACUUGCUCGAAAAUAAAUAGUCCCUGCGAGUUGUGUACGUACAUAUAUAAUUUAACUGUAAAUUGCGGUGAACUAACACUUUUCAAAAAUUAAAAACUGGAUAAACGUUCAGAUCGAAUAGACUGUGUAUUAAAAAUGAAUAAAUGAACUUUUUCGAUAGAUGCCCACCGAUGCAGCUGUUAAACGACAUUUAUCAUAUUUACCAUGUACAAAGGGAUGAAGAAAUGACAAUAAAGCACGUCAGUUAGAUGAUAGGUCUGCCCAUAGAGUAAAUAAAGACCAUUGAGAAAAACGUUUAUAAUGUUAGUGCAACGGUUUCGAGUUCAAAUCCCAGAUACCAUUAAUACGUUUUUGCAACUUUCCUACUUAUUCGGUUGACUUUUUAGACAUUUUCUUUCAUAAAAACCUUGCCCGGACAAUUACGAACACAAUCAUAAAAAAAAUCAGCAAAAUCGAUCAAGCCGUUUUCACGUGAUACGAUGACCAAGGGAAAUAGAGAUUUAUUUUUAUAUAUAUUGUAUAAAUAUUUUACUUGGGUACACGGCUUUAUACUGUACAAAUAAUUAACACUUAUAUGAUUUUUAAGUUUAAUUGCUGUUUUUUGUGAAAAUCCGGAUUUUCGGAUUCCCAUCACUAAUGAAAACCCGUCCGGAAAUUUAUUCGUUAUCCCCCGAUUAGGUUACACCACUGUUCAAUAUCUAUGACGUAUGAUUCUUGUCUCCUCUAUCCCCCCCCCCCCGUUCAAAUUUUAUGCGCAAUUGUUUUUACGUAUAAUUUUCGUUAUAACAAUAAUAAUAAGUAAUAAAUUGGUUGUUUUAAAAUAUAAAAAAAAAAAAUGAAAUGUAGGUAAUCGACCCUACACACGUCUACCUACGUCGCGUCGUCCGUCGUUUGACACCGAGUCCAUGACCUCUCUAUCUCUUUCUGUUCUGUGAACUCGUUUCGGUCCGUCCGGGAAUAUUGACUUGUCCGAUCGCUUAUCGCCGCGAUUUAUUUAUUUUUAUAAAACAUAAUAAUACAUAUUUUUAACGUUCUUUGUUUUGAUAACAGUCCGUUCAAUGCCCAUUGUUUAUAUUGGCGCGAGAUCGACAAAGCGGCGGCGGCGGCGUGACCUCUCGAUAAAUUACGCGCAGCGAUAAUUAACUCGUAUAUAAUAGUAUAAUAUAGGCAUAGAUAGGCUGAAACGACCGAGGGCUUUCGCUUUUAACAACGCGUUUAAUCGCGGUACGCCUCCUUUAAAAUAAAUACGCAUGUACAUUAUAUUUAUAUUAAAAUAGGCAGGAUUUGACAAUAUUCCGUGUGUACGGCGAAAGCUGCUGCGGUCCAUGAAACGGAACUCCGAGGGCCCAGUAAAAACAAAGAGCCGAGGGUGCCCAUCUGACGAAACCUAUAAGGGAGCGACAGCCAUAAAUUAAUAAAAAAAACUUAAAACCUAAGAACCAAACAAAAAUCGAUUUUAUUUAAAUAACGAAUCAAACAUACAUUUUACAUGUGAACAAAAACUGUACAUUGCGUUUUUCCAAACUAAAUUUUUCAACUAACUGGGUUAUGAACUUUUUGUCUAUGAACACAUGAGCAUAGGUACACAGUCCAUCCAACCGGUAUUCUUCUAUACUCAUUGGUAUUAUCACUAGAGAAAUUUAUUUAUUAUUUAUUUUUAAAUUUAUUAAGGCUUCAACGACAAAGGUUUUUAGCCUGUAUUUAGUGUUAACAAAUUAUUAAAAAAAAAAUAAAUUUAUUAUAACUAAUAAAAAAAAAAAAAAAAAAAAAAAAAAUGAAAAAAAUUUUUUUCUAGGUCACCCCUUGCAGCACCCUUUAAUGGGCGCCCUUGGCCGUUACUGCAGCUUAUGGAGGCGUGUCACCGUCGUGGCUGACGGGAUGCUGGGGCACAUAAAGUUAUUUAGUUCGUAUCUGUACGCAGCGAUAAAUCAUUUGAAACACGAUUCCGAGCGAACGUGCCGCGAUUUUUACGAUUUUAGUCGAAAUUCUAACGGAAAAAAAAGCUUAUAAAAAACCCGUACUACAUUGCGUUCGACUUUUUUUUUAACCACAAAGUGCGACUUGUAAUGAUUCUCGUGUUACGUUUUCAAAUAUUUUUGCCCGACCAAACGAUUUUAUCCACACAAAAUCGAACAGAAACUCGGAACAUGUCAAAUGCCGAUGUCAUAUGAAUAACUCAACAAUUUUACUACGCGUCUAUUGAAAAGCCAAUAUAUAUGAGUAUAUGUGAAAAUUUAUUAAAAAACGAUCCCUUUAACCUAAUCAACUAUUUGCUUUGCGAAAAAUUGCGACAUUCGAAUGUCGGAAUAAGAUUUCUGGUUGAUCAGUUUUGUACAAACAGAAAAAAAAAAAAAUCCUAGUAAAACCAAUAUACAUUCCUCGUUGCGUUCAGAAUCUAAAAAACACAUGUCUGUUCGCCAUUGGGAGUUUUCGGUUUACAGAUGUUUAAACAGGGUGAAAUAAUUCGAUUUCGGGAUCGUUUGAAUUUCCGUUUUGUAUACACCAGAGGUAAAUUAUAGAGUUUAAACCUAUUUCAGUAUAUAAUUAUUACGAAACGAGAAAUCGAUUAUAGCUUAAUAUUAUAUCUUAAGAAAGUUCCUUUGUAAAAUAAAAAAAAAAUUCCUAUUUAUUCUUUAGGUCAUUGUAAUAUAUUGAUUAGGUUGCUAUCAAUUACAAUUUAAUUGGGAAAUUUCGGCGGGGGAGAAUAUAAGAAUUUUUUUUACCACCGACAAAAUUGUAUACGUGGAAACAUUGCUAACGACUAUAAUAUUUAAACAUAACACGAUUUUUUAUCACGUUGAAAUUGUUUUUCCGGUAUUCGCGCAGUUGUAUUUAAUUUUUCUAAAACUAAAAUUUUUUAUUUUUCAUUCUAAAUUCCAAAUAAUAUGUAUAUUAUUAUCAUUAAAUUGUGCAAAUUUUUCCGAAAAAAAAAACAGUUUCAAACACUAAUAUUAAUCACUGUUGUUAUUGCGUUCUUAAUCGCGAUUUCGUUUGACGAUAUUAUCCAGCCGUCCUUGAUAUUUUCGUACAGUACUUAAUAUUAAUUUACAGUUUAAAUUUGGUUCACCACUACAAUAUUAUUAUAAUUUUUCCUACAAACCAGUAAUAUAAACCGUCCAAUAAUAAAUCGCGUGUGCCGUUCCGGCCGGCGAUGGUACUGCAGAUCCCGGUUAUGCGUCUUACAGAAUAUAAUAUUAUAAAUUAUAAUUGUUAUUUACCAACGUUUCCGACGCGCAAUUCAAUACAAUUAUUUAUUUUGCUGCGAUAUUAUAAUAAUUGAUAUUCCUCGUUUCGUCGCGACUCGAAAAUACCCACUGCUCAAACACUAUAAAAAUAUACUUAGGUACGAUAAUACUGUAACAAUAAUUAUUACUACACAGACUUUAAACUGCAUACAGGGUGUUUCCGAAAAGUGUGCCGCUACUAUAGCGUCGCAAUACUCGCGGCUCACCCCCCAAAGUCUGUUCUUUUCCUCCCUCCGACUCUUGAACACCGGCGUAAGAUUAUAAAUAAUAAUAUUAUUCCGCGAUAUUUCCUGAAAAUUCGCCGUAAUACGAAUCGACGUAUUAAUAUUGUGUCACGUCGUUUUCUGGCGAUUAUUUUGACGCUGAAUCGCUUAUAGGUAACGCGAACAAAAGAAAAAAAAAAUUCACACUAAACUACGAAUAAAUAACGUAAUAAAAAGCCAGUCUUUGGAAGUUGAAACGAUUUUUUAAAAAAUUCGUUAUCGGAUCACCGUGCCGCGAGUGUUGUACGGGUGCAACGCCGGUGCAAGUGAUAUUAUUUUCAGAAACACUCCGUAUACUCAAGUCAAUAUUAUUAAUAUGGUUUUAAAUUAACGUAAAAUCAAUGACAAUUUAAUAUCAAAUUUUUAAUAGAAUUUGUUUGGACAUUGAACACGAUAUUAUUGUGUACAAUCGAGAUUAAACGACACUACGAGUAUGUUAUUAUGUGCGUAUAAUAUUAUUUUGUGAGCAAAUAAUCAUUGUGAAAAACACAAUAAUUAUUAAUCUAAUAGUUUCUUAUCGAAUUAUUCGUUCUAUUUAUAAAUUCGUUGAACCGUACUACAUGUACUGUUUGUAUUGCGCGUUUCCUAUUUACUUUACAAUUUUUUUAAUAGCCACUUAUCUUAAAACGUUUAUUCGUCUUAUUUUCUAAUAAUUGUAUUUUUAUGUCACAAUGUUUUGACGACAACAGAACAACGGUUUUCGUAUACAAAUACAAUGGUUCUAAUAAUAUAAUCAAUAAUAUGAACAGCGUUGCCAAUUUAAUUUACCUUCUUGACCAUUUCAAAAACCGAAACCGAUAAAAAAAAUUGAAUUUAACGCCCCUCCCCCUUCAUCCCGCGUCAACUCCGCCGUCCCAUCAUCGGCCGUAUAUGUGUGCUCGAAUCGGGGAAACAAAAUUAAACGGGGAACGCAAAAAUGCUGAAAAAAUGUUUGCGGACAUGCGUUAUUAGAGGGGAAACUUUUAAAUCGCUCUGUCAUUUUUGCCAUUUUAAAUAUUUUUCGCGGUUCUCGAGGGAAUAGAAUUUCUGGUUUUAGUUAUUAUUUGUUGAAUAAACAUAAAUCGAUAUUAUUACGUCUCUUGUAUAAAUGACUUGUAUGACGAUUAAAAUCAAAUAAAUCGCGAAACCGAAAAAAAAAAACAAAACAAAAAUGCAUAGAAAGACGGAAUUCCGGCGAAUAAUUUAAUUUGUAAGAAGGUAUUGUACGUUUGCCGUUAUUAUUGACGCAGUCCAAAUAUUAUAUUGUUCUUACGUACACACACAUCUCGUCGCUCGUACUUAUUAUUCAUUCAUCGUCCGUCUUUUGUCCGGUACAUAGACACACCGCCCGGACCUUGAUAAUGAAAAUAAUGGAAUGAUAUCGAACCAUACCCAUUAUGCGUUCGAACAUUUUUGACCAUGAAGAAAAUUAUUAACCUUACGUUUUCACGAAUAAUAUUUUAUUACGACAACAUUAUUUUCGCGCUAUAUUUUUUUUUUCUUUCUUAUAUCGAAUAUCCGAUAAAAUAUUGUAACAAUUAUUAUUCUCUAUUUCCGUGGUUCGAUGGGCGUUAGCCCGUCUACGAUUCGUACGGACUGUCCAUUUUUAAUAAUUUAUACCGAAACUCAUAAAGCACACACACACACACUCACGCACGCACGCUUUUAUAAUAUUCGAAGUGCGCCACCAUUCGAUUGGGCAAUUUUCAGCUGUCCGAGUUUCAUAUUUUAUUAAUUUUCGUUUCGCGUAUAUAGAUCAUAAUAAUAUAUUGUAAGUACUCAUCUGCAUGUAUAUUCCGUUUAAACCUUUGAAUCGUACGGCGUCCUAUACGACACGUAUACAUGACGUGUAGCGGUAAAAAAUAUAUGUACAAAACUAUUAUCUCGUCGCUCAGUAAAAUUUGAAAUUUUAAUACGAUUUAAAAAGUGGAAAUGAAUACAACCCCAUUUAUAUUAUUAAAAAAUAUUGAACAUUUAACCGUCGUAAUUAUAUGAAAUUCCACAACUAUGCAUUUAAACAUCAUUAUUAUUAUAUUUCCAUCGGAGGGGAAUAGUUUAUUUGUUUUUUUCGAGAAAAAUACAAACACAGUGAUAACAAUGUAAAAACAAUUUUAAUUAUUUACACUUAUGGAUUUAAAGAGUGUGGCUUGACAAUGUAAUUUUCAAAUUUGUUUGUAAAGGUUUUAUUUAAUCUUUGUGGACGGAUGAGCAGAUGUAAAUGAAACGGUAUCUGGGUCCGGGGGGAAAUGUUCCAGCGGAGCGGGAGGAAAUGGCCGUAUUUUAACAAAACGGGUGUUUGCGUUUUCGGCGGAAUUCUCACGGACGUCGUCGUGGUUUCCGGUGCGCCGUUUAUUUUUCUCUCGUGUCUAACAUUGAUACAGGAUGAUUUUAUUUUCCGCGAAUCAGCGAUUAUUUACGGAGAUUUCGAGUAAAUUUCAGUUGUUCUUUUAAUCAUAAAUUAUGAUUACAUUACGAUUCAUAGUAUAUUGUAACGUAGACGUAUUAUUUCGCGCGUUUACGCAAUAAUGAUAAAAUGUUAAACAUACCUAACCUGUAUAUUAUCGUAAAUCCGAUCAUUAAUCGGUCCAAAACGACUUUUUCGGCAAACGAUUUUCAACAAAGUUGUCUGGAAAAAUGUGUACUUCCGAAGAAACGUAUAUAUAUUGACCACAUUUUAGUGUUCGGUUUGGUGAUGUUUAACGAGAAAAACAUAAUAAUUAUUGCCACCGGUCCAAAAUGUUGGCAACAAAGUCGCAUAUUAGUGACACCAAUGCACCACUGUUGUCGCUGAACAUAUAGAUGCGAUCGCUUCAGUUCAUCUAAUAAAUAGUAAUAAUGGUGCGGGUCAAAUUAGUUGAUAGAUAUAUAAGAUUCGUUGGUGUAUAUCUCGUGCAUUGUAGUAAAGACUAUUAAAACUAUAAUACUCAAAGUAACUUCGAGUACGAGAUUCCAUUAGAGUUUCAUUAAUUUUAAUUUGCAAUUCUUUGUGAAAAAUACAAAUUUAAGCGCUGUUUAGUGUUUUGUGUAACACCGUUAUUGCAACGGUGUUUUCUACGUUGCAAUAAUGUACAGUUAUUGCUAUAGUAAAUGCUAUUAUAGUAAAAAAUUUAAUAAAAAAGUGGAAUAUUUAGAAUUUUUAACAAUUAUUUAUUUAUUUUAUCACGAUCUGUAGUUAUUAACUCAUAUUAUAUUAACUCUUGGUAACUGAAAAAAUAUUUAUUUUUUUUUUUUUUUGGGUGGGGGAAGGGUGUUCAAUUUUUUUUUACGCUACUAAUUUAAUGACUUUAUUGCUGUACAUGGUUAAGUUUGUAAGCGUUAUAUAUUUUACGAAAACAAUUUUCGUUUUUUAUGGAGGGGCGGAUUCUCCCUUUAGGUGGACGGGUUCUUUAAGUCAAUAAAAAUAUUUCGGUUCGGCGAUAAUAAUUUUACGAGUUCGGCGGCACUAUCGCCGGCUUUCGAUGUACGAAUCGCCCUGUAUACAGCUGCAUCAGCUGAUGUUGCCAGCACAAACCGCUCGCGAUAAUCGACGACGGUCGCCGUCGUCGCGGACCGAGACAAUCUUUCGACGGUAACGGUGGCGUCUGUGUGCUGUGUUAUUGCGGCGUAUUAGUAGAACGCCGUUUCCCCUACCGCCGCCGUUUCGGGUUCCUUGUACCUGGAGAGGGCAUUGACAGUCGCCGCCACCGCCGUCGUCCGGCGGAAAACACAACGAGAGAAGCACAGAUAAAUAAAAAAAAAAAAAAAACGCGCGCAAUAUUGCUUUGUGCCCGUGGCCAACGGUGUUGUUAUCGAAACGAGAGGUUCGCUCGCAUAUUUUUAAACUUUUUCACAUCUCUGGCAUCCCGGCAGUACGGUGGGGAGGGGAUGGUAGACGGGAGGAGACUCCGCGUUUCGGGUCGUCGCCGUGUAAAAUUGUCAUCGGUAAACCCUUCCGGCGGUGAGUCGGUUUUUAUUUGCGGGAAACACCGGGGAAAGAGAAACCCAGAGCACCCCGUCGAAAUAUUUCAUUUCCUUUUCGAGGGUAGAGAUACGGUAUAGUUUUACCCUCCUCUACCUCUUUUUAAUUUAUUUGUCCGUAAUUGGAUUUAAAACGAAAUCGUGUACGUAUAUGUACAUAGAUUCUCGAGAAUUUGACGAUUUUUCACCCGUCGGAAUGGCACGUGUGUUUUGUAAGGAGGCAACACAUGAAAGUGUUAACAAACAUGAUUUGUAACAAAAAUCUACCAACAUUAUUGUCACCUUAUCAAAAGAAUAUCUCCAUAAAUACAUGGUUUUGUUUUUUUUUUAUUCUGAGAUUUCGUAUACAUCAAAACAAGUUGAUUUAUAUGUAAUAAUAUAUAUUUCAAAAACAUUGUCAGUUAAUAACAGUUUAUCAAUUGACCAGCUUCAGUUAUUACCACAACCGUGUUCGUUUCGAAAGAAUAGUAUUUGGUUAUUAAAUUAUUAUUAUUACCUAUUAUCUUGUAAAAUAUGGAUUCCAGAUUUUAAAUAGUUUUCCCGAACGGUUCGAUGACGAGACUAUUCAAUUUUUCCGAAAUAACUCCCAUUUGUAAAUAUUUUUUUAUCAUUAAUUUAUCAGCUUGUUGUACAGUGUCGGUUACUCGGUAUUGUGUUUGUUUUGUAUGUUUAAUUUAAAACAUUCGUUUGCUAAAUAAAUUUUUCUGUAGACUUUUAUUUAAAGAACUAUUAACUUUACUGAUUAGUUACAUAAUUAGACUCAAUAAUUGUAAUAAUACCUAAUCGCGAGCUGUUUUAGUAUUGAAUACAUUCAAUUGCUCGUUAUUACUUCAAACCAUAAUUAAUUUUCAAUAAUAAUAUUGUUGUUAGACGGUUAUGACUAAUAUUAUAUUAUUAUAAUUUACUACUUCUAUAUUUAUUUUGUAUGUACCUAUAUAAUGAUUUUUUAUAGUAUGAUUCAUAAAAAAAAAAAAUAAUAAUAAUACUCAAGUUAGUUUGAUAUAUUAUAUUGUGCAAUUAAAUAUUAAUUGUUCGGUGUCGAAAUUGUUUUUUUUUAAACUAAAAUUAUUAUAUAGUAGUAUAAUUGAUUAAAACGAAAAAAAAAAAACAAAUAAUAAUAUUCUCUAUGUACAGACAUACAUAAAUAUUUGUUUUAAAGUAAUGUUUGAUUUUGUUUAAUUGCAAAUUGAUACGAAGUUGUUAUUAUGUUAAUCAUAAUGUAUAGCUAUGGAAAUAUCAAUUGGUUUUUUAUAGGUACAAUUAACAAUAUUUUUUGCCAAAAACAUAAUUUUAUCGUUUUCAGUACAUAGUUAAAUUUAAUUAAGAAUCAACAAAUAACAAUCGAAACAUCGUAGGUUUGUACUACUUUUUAUUGAUUUCAAAAUAGGUUACACAUUUAAAUCAUUAGAACGGGGAAAUAUUAUUCAAAAAAUUUAUUAAAUAAUGUUAUAUUGCUACAAUUAACCAAAGUAAAUAAUAACUAAAUAAACGUUUUCCGAUAACAGUGAGUGGUGAGCACACGCUAAAUAAUAAUAUUUGUAAACAAUGAUAAACAACUCAAUUUUGUUGGUAUACGAUAGUGUUUAACGAUACGUUAGGCACUUAAUAAUACUAGUAUCUAUAAAUAAUGUUAAUCGAUUGUGAGUAAUUUUUUUCAAGUGGUACCGGAGCACUUGAUGUCAUAUAGACACAUAGUACAUAGUACGUGCAAGCGAGUAGUCAGAAAUUUCCAAAGGGCUGUGUUAUGAAAAGUAACAAAACCUAUUAAUUUAAAAUGAUACGGACAUACUUCGCACGAUGGGUGGGGCACUGUUAUAGAUAAGCAGUUAGGAAGGUAGGAUAUAGGUGGGAAUUUAUUGUAUAUCUGUACGCGACGAUUAAUCAUUGCUAACGAAAAACGAUUCUGAGUGGAGUUCGGUUUUACAUGUUUUGAAAGGCCGUAAUAUUUAUGAUUUUUAUGAAAAUUGUGUAUUAAAAUUCUUCUGAAAAAACGAACAUUGUUAAAUAAUUUACAUACCUUUAAUAGUAUAGUUACGUUUACGUAUGGGGGUAGGUACCUAUAGCUAUAUUGUAAAAUAAUUACCUUACAUGAUUUUAUUUUAAACAUGUAGUAAAUAAAAACGGUCAAGGGGGGUGUUGCUACACCACCAACAUCCCUCCUCUCGCUACGCCACUAAGUAUAUAUGGUAGCAUUGAGACGGUUUUAAAUGCAAUUGUUUUGAAACUAAAACUUAUUCUCGUUUUAAAACGGUUUGAAAACAUUUCGAAAUUAAAACGCUUGCACAACCUAACUAGGUUUAGUUUAACAAAUUAAAAUCGUUUUAAGCGUUUAAAACGAUUUAUCAAAAUAAUGUACAUACUCGUAUAUUAUAUUAUAAACGGUUUUUGAAGCCUCAUCACUUUAUCAAUUUUUGUUGGUGCGUUGCAUGGGCAAUAUUAUAUUAAUUGUAUGUCGUUUUUAAAAAGUCACGUAUCGAUUUCUUUUUUAAUUUUAUAUUCCAUCAAAUACUGUUACUUAAAAAUUAAAAAUAAAGUAUAUUAUUAUAUUCGAUUCGAUUUUAACAAGAAAUUACAUAGCUAUUAAAUUUGUUUAUAAAACGUUCACUUAACCGUUUUCAUAUCUGCGGACAUUAUUUAGACAUGUUAUUAUGUGAACAUGUAUAAUAGAUAUUCAGUAAAAACCUUUUAAUACAUUUAAAAACGAUUUAAUUUCAAACCGUUUUAAACCUCAUCGUAAAACUUACUAAUGGACGCAAAUAGAUGGGCAGGGGUUUCAACCGUAGCUGCUUCCUUCCCUGAUAAAUUUACGUGGUAUUAGGGGAGACUAGAUACGGUUGUAACAUUUUUGAUACGAUUAUUCAUUUCUGCCAAGAUUUACACUAUUUUUGUUUGGUUACACUUUUAAUCAUUAAAAUAAUUUAAUAUCUUUAUAAAUAUAAUGAGUAUUGAACCUUAAAUUUUGCAAGUUGUCGCAUAAGUAAGGAUUACAAAAAAAAAACGUAUUGUCCCGUGCUCCUCUACUUUAUUAUCUAGAAAUAUUUUUUGGACGUCGCUGUGCAACUAGGAAGUCACCGGACUUUGGAAACUGGCAUGUGAUGUUCAUUUCCGUCACCGACAUAUUAUUAAUAUUGUUGCCAAGCCGAAACCACAUAACAAUAACAAACAUUUUUAUGGUUGGCGCGUGUUUAUUUAUAAAUCGUAUAAAAAUAAAAUUUUUUUUUUUAUAGAAAAGUUCGACGAGCGUGUCACACUGGCAAAUCUCUUCGGAUUAUGCUAGCAAAGUUUCACGUAUAGUUAGUAUAAGCCACCCGUUGAUGUUGAUUGUUAUCAGGGACGUACGUUUAACCGGAAAAUAAUUUCGGGGUUUUUUAAUUUUGAAAUCUUCUCGAUUUGCAUUGAAAUUUCAACACCAGUCCAUAAACUUUUACGAUUUGAAAAAACGUGAACUUAGUAUUAUAUGUUUUAAGGGUGUAGAAAACCGUGCGUUUAGUUAUGUAUUUAUAUACAUAUCUUUAACAAAUGACAGAGAAUAAUUUUUGAAGAUAUUUCGGGAAGGGGGGGGAGGUAAACCCUCUAAUCACUCCACCUUCGGUUACGUCCACCACGUCCCUGAUUGAAAUUUGGAAUAUUAGCCCGGAACAAAAUAAUCAUAAUAAUUAUAUAGUAAUAUCUAUUAUAACAAUGCGUACAAAAAAUAGUACAAGUUCGAUCGUUAUUUAAUAUACAUGACAGCAUUCAUUCACUUUAAAUUAGUCUCCCAUUAAUGAUAAUUGAUCGCGAUAAUGUGUGUAUUCGUAUCGCAGUUCAAACGUUAACAAAAUAUCGGCGUAGAAACACAUUUGUUCAUACGAAAUUUCGAUGUAUCAGCGGACAAUAUACGUGCGUUAGUUCGAUUCAGAUCCGUAUAUUCAUCAAUGGGGUGAGGACUAUUCUGGAUUUUCGAUUAAUUAAAAAAAAAAAAAAACAAUUGAAAUGUAGAACCUAUUUAAAAUCGUUAUUAAUCGAAAAGAAUUUUUUUUUUUUUUUAUGACUGGAAAAAUGCUUUUUUCGAGGAGGAGCGGCUUCUUCGCCAAGCCAGUUCUGGAAACGGUUUUUUGAGAAAAUUUGGGACUGGUAUUCUUAAUUGGGACACGUUGUUUUUGUUUUUUGUCAUCUCGUUUAUUCAAUAAUAUGAUAUUGUCGGGGUAGAACGAGUAUUUGCGGAGGUGUGACAGAGGGCGGUGUCCGUGUCGUUUUUACGGGCGCCCACGAGUAGCGAAUUCAGAGGAUGGACAGACCGGAUUUAUCGAUCGGGUGUAAAAAAAAAAAUGUAUUUAUUUACCACCCACUAACACAAUAAAAUUAUUAUUCGUGUACAUCGUGGUGGUUAAAUUUAUUUUUUUUGUUUUUCGUCAACACGAUACCUAACCUUAACAGUGGCGGAUCGAAAACAUGAAAUUCGACCGUGGACCCGCAGACGGGCUGGAGAGGAAGGAGCGGGACGUGACGCAGUCUUUGUUAAAAUAAUGUCUGGUGACGACGACAGAGGGACACUUGUUCACCGUCGAUUACGACGUUUUCCUUUGUCCGACGAGCUCGCCGUAGCUUCUACAUCAUUGAUUACCGGGGUCGUAUUCUUUCCGACCGACACGCGGAAAUGUCCGGACUAAAGACAACGGCAUUUAUCGAGGAAAUUUUUACAGAUUAUAUCGCGUAGUUUAUUCAAUACUGAACACUUGUAUAUUUUCGAAAACCAUCCCAAUCGAUUUGUGGACAUUUUCUAUUUGUAUUUAAAUGUAUUCGUAUCGCCUUUUUAACUAUAUCAUUAAUGAUAUUUUAUAUAACUAUACUGAAACUAUACACCAAAUCUGAUCGAGGUUUUCACAUUUUAAUUUCGAACACAUAUAGCGUGCAAUUAUAGCAACCCUGGUAAUAGAUUCUGUACAUAUCCCCCCCCCCUGUCCGGACAGUUUGGAUUUUUUGGUAAGGAGUUUUGGUAAGAAUUUUGUUCUGCAAAUCAUAUUCGAUUAUGUAUAUUAAUAUGCGUCUCUGCUGUAGUCCACGACAAUAAAUAAUACAUUAGAUUCUGCAAUAUCAACGAUCGGAAUCAAGGGCAACACUGUAUAGUAUUUCGACACCCGCCCACCGGACGACGAACCUACAAAAUCGAAACCCGGUUGACAUCGACAAUAAUUCCCUCACUCGCCGUCGUUGUCGCCUAGGUGUCCGUACGUAAUAAAUUAUUUAUAUCAGUAUUAUUCUAUACUGCCAAUAAGACGGGAAGUCGGUAUUUGUAAUCGAGUGAUUUUAUUUAUAUACGCAGUUGAUAAAUCCAUAUUAUGUUCUAGCUAUGCUAUUGCAUCAUCGAGACAAGCUAUACGUCACCAUCGUCCGGUGGUAAGGCCAAUCCCUUUUCUUCCUUCUAAUCUCAGUUAAUGGCUAUGUUAACUAACAUACCCAGUAAUGCAUGUAGUUGUGAUAGGCGUCACAUAGAGUCAAAAUUCUGCGAUAACAAAAAAAUGACAUAUUUGGAAUCUGUUUAUUUUUUGAAAGUAAAAACAAUUGGUGCGUAGGUGUUUCGUUUGUAAAUAAUUCGCCCCCCCCCCCUUUGAGUGGAGCAAUGACAACGAUACAUGACAAGUAUAUUUAUUGAUUUACAGAUUAUUUUUUACUCUGAGAUUCAUCUUAAACUGUCCACAUAAAAAUGACGUGUAACAAUGGUGUGGACUGCCCGUGAAAUUAAACGUCAAAAUUAGCAAGUAAUUACGUGAUAACAUUUUUUUCCACCCAUUAGAACGCAUAAAAUAUGUUUACGCCAAUAUAAUAAUUAUUGUGCAUAAUUUUAAUUUCUGUAGCGAUUUUGAUUUAUAUUACCUAUAUCAAUCAUCAUCAUGAGCAGUGUUUCAGAAAAAUUAUUUCUGGCUUUUAAUGUUUUUGUUAAAUAUAGGUGUUUCAAAUUUUAUGUUAUCCAAUUUUCCACGUAUGUAAAAAAAAUAUUAUCUUUUGUAAAAAAUUACCUAGUCCUAUUUUUAUUCAACCUCUUUUUUAUGAGUAAAACCACUAACCACUUGAUUUUCAAUUAACAGCGUAUAUUAAAAAUUCCAUAAAUAAAUGUUUUAGCUAAAAUAUUUUUUGGUGUUGGAAUGUUUAAUUUUUGUCAACCCGUUGACGAGAUAUUUCAUUUUUAAGUUCGGAUAAGAGGAGAAUUAUAGUGGAACACUAUAUUCAAACGCCCCCGAGUGCCGCGCUGUGAGACAAAUGAUACUUCACUACUCUCCCCUACACCCAAACGUAAAAGUAGAAUGUCUCUUCAAUGGGUCGACGGAAAUUCAAAAUGUAUUUAAACUAAAGUUUCAUAUAUUAAUGGAAUUUUUAAUACAGGUUGCUAUUUGAAAUCUAAAAGUGGGUACCUAGCGGUUUCAUACCCAAAAAUAACGUGGAACAAAGUAUAAGGAUAAUGUACAUUUUAGAAUAUACGAUUACCAAAGUGUUUACUUAAGUUAUUAUUAUUGUUUUUAAAUAAUUAUUUCGUGGAAAAUCUGAUUGUAACGUGAAAUUUGAAAGACGCAUGUAUAAUAUAAACAUAUUAGGUUUAUAAAUUCCAGCGAUUCUACGAUAAAUAAACGAUUUAAGGCGGCACGUGUAGUAAUUAAAACGAUAAUAUUUUAAACGCCUAGGUGCCUAUAUAAUAGUGGCGUGUGUUGAUUAAGCGAAAUUUCGCUCCGAAUAAUUUCAAACGGCCUUUAACGUUUAAAUUAUAGCCUUUAUAUGGGCGGGUUUACAUUAGCUUAUUCAAACCUCAUUGAAGUCGAUCCGUGAAUUUCAAUUUAAACUUUUCGCAAAGGAAAUUGAAUAUAAUUCCUAAGCAAAUCUGUUACCUAUAUUAUACUGUACGCGGCCCGGAAAUAGUGGACUCGAUGAAAAAGUUCACUAAUUAUUAAUGAAAUGUCAAAUUUCGGGAUAAAAGCAUAUCAAACCCGCGUGUUAAAUACAACUCGUAUAGCGAAAUAAAUUAAACGAAACCGCGCAAUCUCGGGGUCGUUCACCUAAUCGCGCAUCAAUUCGACGUGGAAUCCUUUAUAAUGUUGCGUACAUUAUUUACCCAUUAAUGAUGUACUUUUACCUGACUUUUUUUUGUUCUACAAAAAAUAUUUCAAAUAUUGUUCAGUUCGUUCGGCGCGCACUUUAUUCUGUUACACUUGUAACUGUAUAUUAUAGUUUUGCAAGUUGGGUAUCGCCGGAUAUGACGGAAAACCCUUUAAAUAUGUCUGCAACCUCAGCGGUCUUCCUUUGUUUCGACGCAACACAAUACGAAUCCGUAUAGACUUCUGAUGUAGCUCUAUAAAGCGCAAGUGCACAACAAUAAUAUACAUGCACACGACUGUUGCCGCGUUGUAUAGACGUAAGUCCCGCGGCAACCUAUACGGGUACACAAUGUAGUAUCACAUUAUACAAAUAUAAAUAGAGACAAAAACAAAAAAACAAAAUACAAAAAAACAAUAGGAUACGUACAUACAUAAUAGGGGUACGCUAUUGUAUGCGUAUUGAAUGCACGUUUACGUGUGUACACCAUGGGACGGGGGGGGGGAAGAGCUGUAAAAAAUUGUCGCUUAAUGGGGUUCGAGCACAUAAGUUCAAUCAGACGAUCUUUCCGCCUUAAAACAAAAUCGCAAUAUUAUUAUUGUAAUAUAUAGUUGGUGGUGUUACGAACAGUACGAAAGUCGGAUUGAACAUUACUGUAAGUGAUCAAAUUGCACCUGCAAAAUAUACACAAUAAGACCCGAUUUGGGAUCUUUUACUUUUAGAUUUUGAGCUAUCAGUUUAACUAUAAGAUGUGUUUUCUCUAAAAAAUUAUUAUCCGUUAUUUAAAAUGCUCCGAAUUUGUCUUAUUUGCCAUAAUUCAAAAGAUGCGGAUUUUUCGUCUGAUGAUAUUUUAUUUAAGAACAUAUUUAUUUAGAUUCCCAACAGUUUUUCUAAUACCUAAUUUUACUGAAAAAUAAAAUUCUCAUCUACAACCGGGAUCCACCUAUGGUGCGAAGUAUAUCCCGCUUUUUAAAGUUAUGUCCAGGAUUAUUAAUUCAAAUAAAUAAGGGUUUGCAACUUCAUUAUUAUAUUUUGAUAAAUAUAACACGUAUAGCGACGACCCGCUAACCGCAUCCAACCGAAUAAUGCGGCGGCGAUAAAACCUAAACGCGUGAUUUUUCGCCAACGCAUUGACUACGACCGUGGGAAUCCGAACCGGAAAACUAACGUUUGUGUUUAUAUUACUAUAUCUAAUCACGUACCCAUUUUUUUUUUUUUAUGUUAAGACAUCCGGUAUUUCGCAGCAUUUUGUAAAUUUACCACAUUAGGCAAGUACCUAUGUUUUUUUUUUUUCAUAAAAGUAUUUUAAUAGGUACGUCAAAAUUCUUGUGAAAUUCUUUACAUUUUAAAUUCCAUUCAAAAUUAUGGCUAUUUCCGCGUUGUAUACAAAACUGCUAAAUAAUGUUGAUAUAAAGUUUUGAAGUAGUCAUUAAAAAAUAAAAAUACAGUGUGUUCAGUGUUUGUGUGAUAAUGCAGUGAUUUGUAGUACUUAAUUACCUAUUGUAUUUAUUUAGGACUUUUUGAUCCGCGAUACAAAUGUUUCUUAUCUACGUCAAACUUAAAAUUGUUAACUAUCGUUGACAAAACAUUUAUUCGGUAUAAAAUUAUGAAGUUUAGUAUCUGCAAUAUAUAAAAUAUUUAUCUUGUUAUGCAUUUGAAAAAAAAAAUGUAUCGAUAAUAUAUAAUAAUAUAUUAUUCAGUUUUCAAUAACUGUAAAUGAGAAAACGUGUCACUAAAUAUUAAGAUCAUCUUCCAUCUCGCGAUCUUCCUGCUGCAUAAACCUAUAAUAAAUUCACGAAAAUAAUCCGAAAUCCUAAACCGCAGGGAUCACAAAACUGUUCGAAAAGUCGACGUGAGUUUCUUUGGCACAUAAGGGAAAUAAUUAUUGAUGUAUAAUUUAUUUUUUGUUUACCCCGUAAAAUUCAAAAUAUAAAACGUGAAAAAUGUCUUCUUUCUCUUCGCCUUUAUCCUACGCAAGUAUUACUAUUGUAUUAUCGUACUCCGUCCCUCCCCCAUCCAACACUAUGUUUGCAUUUAGGUGCUCCAUAAUGCACAUUUACGAGAUAACCUCUAGUCAUUUUUUAUUUGGCCUCACUCAACCUAGCCUUUUAUAUAUUAUAUUCGUUACACAACGUAUUUAUCUUAACAAUCUUAUUUUUGUUAUUUCAAUGUUUAAUAUUCAGAUCCUAUACCCAGACUCCGUACUCAGUGUUACCAUCACUAACAUAGUGGUCUCAUAAUAGUUUUUUUUUAUUGUUUUAAUUUUCCUUCUAUCGACUGUAAAAUGUUUAGUUGCAAUAGGUACUUAUGCCAAUAAAGUCCGUUAUUAUUUAGAACAACACAAUAAUCUGCACUUCAACUCGUACGAGUAGUCUUGUUUGGUUGGUUGGUUACCCAUUCGGCCGACACGAGUUAAUUCCACUGCGUAGUGGCGGUCGUUGUCGAUAUAAGUAUAAUAAUAUUGACAAGAAGACAAAUAAAGAAACACGACCGCCGGGUACAAAAGGAAGAUCGUGUAUUAUUAUUAUUGUUAUAAUACGUAUUAUAUAUUAUGUACGGGGAGUUCAAAACAAAGGAAACGACGGACAUUGCAGGCACAUAGCCAGGUGGUCUACUGCGUUUUCAAUGGGGAAAUUAUAAUGGGCAUCGCGUAUUUUGUUUUUGAUUAUUUCUCGUGCAAGUAGUCGUGCACAGGUUGACUAGUGUUUUUGAUUUACUUUUUUUUUCAUCUCGACAAUUCCAUUUUAAAAUCGAUCAUAUUAUUGUAACACAUUCAAUAUUAUUCUUGUUAUUAUUAUAUUUUUUAUACAAGGCGAUUCGUUUGUCACGAUCCAACCAUGAUUCUAUACGGAGUUUUGAGUAAACUUGAUUUUGCUUUUUAGUUUUUCCAUUCAUUAUGGAAUCUUAACCAGGCCCACGACACUCCUUGUCAUCCCAUGUUAAAUAAAUGGGUGACCUUGAGUCUCCGAAAUUACUGGUUUUAUCAUCAACAAUACAAAACCAGUACAAAAAGUUUUGAUAAAAAUCUAUCCCAAGCUGAAUAGUAAACCAACAGACCCCGCGCUUCGCGCCUCGAUUACACGAUAGUAAACAUUUCUUUUCGGCUCUUUUAGAAUCUGAGUUUACACAUACUAGUAGCUUUUUGAAAAUCAAUAUCCUGCAAGCUGAAAUGAGGGCCGGACUUUAAAAAUUUCGUAAAUAAGUUGGUUCAAUUAUUCUAUAUAAUGUCUGAAAAAAAAAAUCAAACCUAACUAAAUAUCUUUGUAAGUACCUAUAUAAUAUUAUAAUCUUGCUGGUUCGUGAUAAAAUAAUUACGCGGUAUAUUUUCGCGCGUGCAGUGUGUUUAGUGUAUUUAACUACCGGCAUCGUGUGUUAUUGCAGCAGAAGUCAAUAUAAUAAUAAAACAAUAAUAUAUUAAAUAAUAAUAAUAUUAAAUAUUAAUACGCACAUGCAGUUGUAUGCGAUAUGGAUACAAUGACCGCGUGUCACUCGGACGUAUACGCGCAAUAAUUUUAAUCUGUCCAAUUGAAACAAGAUGAAUACACUUGAAGCAUUCAAGGUGUCGUUUUACAUGUGCUUUUUUUAAUUGACGCGUAAUUCGAUAAUCGAUUAUAUAAAAAAUUUAAAAGAAUACGUGUUCUAUGAAAACAACGACGCAUCUCGUACAACGUUUUUAUUGAGAACACUCUUUUUGCAAUCGAAUAAAAUGAUUAGAUUUUUCCACGCAGUACUUUGAAAGGUACGGAAUUUGUAAAGAGUGUAACCUAACUUGAACCGUUUUUGAAAUAUUCUCAAAAGCUCAUCCCUUUAACCCGUUUUUCUUGGAAAACAUUUUUCGGUCGAUAAGAAUGCUUCAAAUUGUUCACAUUGUGUUUUAAAAGAUUUGCCCGGUGGUACUUUAUUUGAAUAAGAUUUCUUGCAUUGGCUUGUUUGUGUUGAUCUCUGUGUUAUCUUGACCAUAAGGAAAAAAAAAACAGGACUAACACGACUUCAGAAUUUUACCGAGCUAUACGCUCAGAAUCAAUUGCAAUGAUUUAUCGUUGUAUUCAGUGUAUAAACUAAAUAACCUUGUGUACAAUACCUACUAAACUUCUCCCCUGCAACAUUGGCCUACUCAUGGCGUGAAGCAUGUCUUAAUUAAAAGAAAAAAAAAUGUUUCUUAUUUAUAACUGUGGUACCAAAUAUAUAGAACUCUUACAGUUAGUACAUAAUAUAGUACCUAUAUUGAUUUAAUAAUAAUAAUUAUGAUCAUAUUAUAAUAUAUGGUUAUUAAUUAAUAUAAAUAUAAUAGGUUUUUAUUAUAAAUCGUUUUCGGCUCUAUUAUUUUUUAUUGUGUAUAAAAUUUAUUUUUAUUCCUAUGGUUCCAUGUAUUUUAUACUGAAAAAAUACUUUGAAUUUUAACUCUUAUGUCUGCGAUAACAAUGUUAGGUACUUUAAGAUUUUCAAUUUUAUAAAUUGUAAACUAUAUAUUAUAUAGUAUGUUCACUAUUAUACCCAUCGUUUCUAGUAAAAUUAUUCUAUUAUAAAUUCCUAUCUCGUGCCAGUUUUUCCCUCGUGUGGAAAAAUUGUUUUCAAUGUAUUUUACAAUGGGAAUUGUGGUAUACACAAUAUACGCCAAUACCUAAAACGUGGCUUAAACCAAAAAGCUAAAAAGAAUAUGUAAACCUCUACGCAUAAGCCUGAUGAAAUAUGUUACGAAAACUGAAUUCACAAUGAAAAUGUCGGAUAUUUUUUAAUGGAACACCAAAGUCUCUUUUCUGCAGAUUUAUAUUAUGUUUUAUAAAAAUCGAUAUGAAACACACAGAAUUAAAAAAAAAAAACAUAUUUUUUGUACUGAUGUUGUUAAAAUAGUUUUUUAACAUGGCAUCCCGACCUAGUUUUAGUAUUAAAUUCAAUUUGUUCACGGGAUAUAGAUACAAAUGUAUACAGUCAAAUUCGUUUAUAACGAUGCCAAAUACAACGAAGUUCCGUGUAUAGUAAUUUUUAACAAUCUAGAAAACCAAAUAAAGUUUUGCUAUCGCACGUGUAAUAAUUUUGUUCGUAUACAACGACGUCCCGGAAAUUACGAUGUUAUUUUGAAACGAAACCGGUUCUAUACUCUCCUAUAACGAUCUCGUGUGAUUUUGUUUCGGUAAAUAGCGUUAUCAAUACGCCAGAAAUAUUGCUAAUUUUUUAAAAAUAUUCUAUUGUUUUAAUUAUAAAUAAAGCACUACAACUGAUUAUGUUUCGAAAGAAACAUAGGUACAUAUAAUCAGGUUAUUAUAUAAUAUGUAGACACAUACUUUUUUUUUAAAUCUUAAAUAAAAUUUAAUAUGUACAAUUAAAAAUAUAACAAUAAGUAAUACAAAAAAAAAAAAUCAAUGAUUAUUAAAUAUAAAAAUACGUAAAAUAAUGUAAGUUUUUUUUUUUUAUAUAAAUCUGGAUAUAGCGAAGUUCGGACGUACAAAUUUGUUUCUCUAGGUCGGCGGUUCCUAAAGUAUGUUCCGGAAACCUAUUUUCUGAGGUUGCCGUGCCAUGGCUAUAAAAUUUUGGGAACCGCUGCUCUAGGUCCCUCGAAAAUCGUUAUGGUAUGUAUGUAGGUAUAUGUAUGUUGUAUUGUAUUGGGUAACCUUUUUUUUUUUUUUAUUAUUAUUUAUUUAUUUUAAAGUAAUCUACAGUCUAUACAGUUUUCUACAGUAAGUAGGUUUGAUAAAAGAUGAACAAAAAUACAAUUAACGGCGAAUCUUAAGAUUAGGGAGGUUACCCAAUGAUAACGUCAAACCCAGCAUUGGGUAACCUAUACAGAAAUGAACGUUGCAAUGGAUGUGACCUAAUAAAUAUUUUUUCCAGUACUAACGCAAUUAUAACGCAAGUAUAUUUUCAUAUCAAAAUACUAUGCGUUAUAAUUACAUAAUUCGAUUUGUUAAUGUUUCGACGGCUGUUCAUUAACGAAAUCGGUCCGUUAAUUUAUAAUAAUUUCAGGAUGAGGGAAAUAAUAAUAAUAAUCAUCGAAAUUCAUUUUCAACGCCACGCCGCCGUAUAGCAGUAAUAAUUAAUCAUCAUAUAUACUUGAGUUAUUUUAUUUUUUUAUUAAAACGCUUUGUUUGGACUAAAUUAUAAAUAUUUAUAUAUAUAUAUAUAUAUUAUACACCAAUAUCAUAUCUAACUUUUGUUUAAAUUUAUUACAGUUUAUGCAUUAGAAUAAUAUGUUGUUUAGUAUAGAGUAGGUACGUAAAUAUAUGCAUAAUAAAAAUCGUAAAUUAAUAAACAAUCGGUUUUUAUUUUCAUUAUUAUUAUUUAAUACUAUUGUACCUAAAUACUUUAAAUCAACGUAAUAUCAAACUAUUGUUCAUAUAAUGUACUUUAUAUACAAUAUUAUCAUAGGACACGAAAUUUAAUCACGUUUUUUUGUUUUAAUAUACGUAUGCACUUAACAAUGUAUUAAAAUAUAUAUUAUAUUAUAAUGGGUAUAGUAUACAUAAGACGAUUUCUGUAAUUUUCUUUUUCUUUUUGAUCACGAGUUUGAAUUUCAAUGUUAAAUAACUUUCGACUCGGAGAAUGCCAUAAUAACAUAUCGAGAUCUCAUCACGGACAAGAGUGCUCGUAUACAUUCGUUAAGUUAUAUAUUAUGCAUCCACAUCUGCAGUAAACAAUAAUGGUAUCCAUUUAUAUACGAGUCGAAAUAAAAUAAAACGAUUAUUUGUAUUAAAUACUGUAGUACGUAGGUAUUCGAUUUGUGUUAUGUAAGAAAAUUAUAGGUAGUAAAAUUAUUUUUUAGUGCGUAGUACCCAACACAAAUACGUUUAAAACUAUAGAAAACUGUAUGUGUAUUGUGUAUCCGAUUAAAUAUCAUAAUGGCGUAUACGUGUUUGUGUAAAUCGUACAACGCAAUAUACGUUUCUUUCGGUAUCCAAAUGCUAUUUUUGCCAUCUUUAUGGUAUAGGUACGCUUUAGGAUUUACAAAAAGGUAAACAACGUUUUUAACCGAUUAUUUGUAGUAAGUUAACGUUUUUAAAAAUCCGGGUCAUUUCGCUUAUAACGUAUUCACGUAGGAAAACGCGUCAUUUCGAUUUGACAUAAAAUCGUUGGUUUUUCCGUCGCGUAACUUCUGUAUAGGUACAGAGAGUUCGCUGUGUCGCAUUUCGGCAGAGUCCUGAAAAAAAUUGAUCGGGUGCACAUUACUACGAGUAAAGGAUAAACGAGAGAAGAGUUUUCGUCCUUGGGCGGCGCAAUAAAUUUAAAUGUGUAUACAUUUAAAAAUCGAUACGCGUGAGUCCGUGGAAUAUAUACCACGUGUAACCGAAAUAAAAUUGGUAUAGCAUUCUAUCAGCUAUACUACUGCGUACUAUUAUAGAAAAACAAAAAUUGAAAAAACACAACGUGUCGCGAAUGCAAAAUGCCCAUAAUACAUACAUGUUUAAUGCAUCAAAAUAUGUUUACUGCAAACUGUACGGGAUUACUCAUUAAAUCCGAACGCGUUUAUACUGCGAUUACACGAAUUAAACAUUCAAAUUGUGUGUUUUAUUAUUAUUUACAGUUACACUGGAUGCAUUUGAACUUCAUGUUUCAACCCGUAACCGAGUAUCGCUGACGCCAGAGCACUGCCACCAUGGUCAAGACGUUUCAGGCGUAUCUGCCAGACUGUCACAGGACGUACUCUUGCAUUCAUUGCAGGGCGCACCUGGCAAAUCACGACGAACUAAUAUCCAAGGUACGGUACUAGUGGUAAGUGGUGAUUUAACGGGGAAAAUUAUUUUGGACGACCAACAGAUAUAAUACAUAUUAUAGGCAGAGGUAGUAGGCGAACAUCAAGAGGCGGCGCAACAGACGAUAUAUUUUAUUAUUAAGCCACACAACAUCUGAAGUAUAGAGGAGGUAUAUACAAUCUGCGAAAUAUAAUUUAAUAAUAAUAAAAUUAUGACAAUAAUAAAUUAUAUACUCGAAUAUAUUGUGUAGAUAUAUUAUGUAUCUUAACGUCUGCGGCAACGAAAAAAGUCGCAUCUCUACUCGUCCAAACAGAUUAAAUACGAUUAGAUUAGAUUAGAUUAGAUAUAGUAAUUGAAAAAAGUGAGGGACGAAUGAUACGAUUUUUUUCGCUGUAGCAGUUGAUAUGAUAAGAGAUUAAAAGUCGGAGAAGUGACAUACCUUACCAUACCUUUUUCGUUGCGGUAGGCGAUAAUAUCCUAGUUAAAAACAUAGAAGAAUAUAUUAUUAUAAAUAAAAUUUAAGUAGUAUUUUCACGGUAAAUUAACUCAUUAUCCGUAUGCAUGUUUACAUUGUUAUCUGUCUGUUUAUUAUUUAUUUUAUUUUACUUGCGGGCUAUUAUAUAACUAAGAUAGUGUUUUAUACGCAUAUCUAUAUUUUAUUAUAUGCGUCUAGUAUGAUUAAUAUAGUUAGUCGUCGAUGAAAGAAUAUAUUUGUAAUAGUUCGUUUUAAAAUACUCAAGAUUUUGAUAAAAAAACAGGACGCGGGAAGGCCGCUGGUAUACAUGAGGAUAUUGAAAGUUAUAAAGAUAUAAGGUAAUUCAGUUUAUUUACUGAAAGUGACGAUAAAUCAUUGCAAUCAAAAAAAGAUUCAGAGUGUAGCUCGAUGAUCUACAGGUAAGGUCAUAGUAGACAUUGUGCUUUUUCACUUGUAAUCAAGAUAACCCAAAAAUUAAUAAAAAGAAAACUAAUGUAUCAUCGUGAUUUGUUGUAGAUUUUAAAUUUUUUAGAUAAACUAUUGGAAAUUUAGAAAAAUGUUUCCAUUGGACGAUAAAUCCACAUCUUUUAAGGUACAUUUUAUUAACCGAAAAGUGUUUUCCGUGUAAAAAACACAUCUUAUCGUAAAACUAUAAUAGCUUUCUCGCUACAUUCAGAAUCUUAAAACGGAAUUAACGGUGUAUACGAUUAUAUCUGUGUGUAAUAUAGAAACUACGGAUUCUUUGAAAAAUCAAUAAUCUGCAUAGUAUAGAGGCGUAGAGAUGUUAUGUAGUUUUUGUGUUCUGAUAGUUGAAAACCCAUAUAAGAGACAUUGAAAAUUAAAUUAUACGUUCCUUCUAAUAACAAGUGAUACAUUUUUAAAAAUUCUAUAACAUUUUUAAUCUCUUCAACUGCAGUCAUUUUAAUAAUCUCAAACCAACAGUAUAUUUAUUUAUUUAAGUAGUCGUGAACAAAAGAAUAAUUCGACCGAUACGAGCAUCAUGCAUCGUGACGUAUUGGUAUAAACUAAAACUUGUGUUUUUCUGGAAAUGUUUCGACCGGUUAAGCCGACCGAAAUUCAAAUCGUAAAUUCGUUUUUUUUCUCAUCCGAAAUUAUGCAAAGUGGGAAGAUAACACAUCGUUUACGUAAACGUAAAUAUUACAAUAUAAUAUUAUCAUGUAUAUAAUGCCUGAGCACAUAACAUUAUAAUAUAUUAUUUAAAGCCCACGGGUAUACCCGUUAUACCUACCUACGACGACUUGGCAAACGGAAAGGAAAAAAACUGAUACACGUGCGGUAUACCUUCGCAUAACAUAUCUUUGGUCCCAGGGAAGAAAGGCUUAAGUCAAGUUUUGUAUGAUUUUAAUUUUUCGUCUAAAUUUCAUAAUAGUGAUGUAUUUUCAAAAUUAAUCCAUUAGUGUAUUAGUUUACGUAUUCUCAAACUUUAAUUCGCUUAUAUUGGAAACUGUACAAAAUUGGCCGUUCUCCCUUGGGACCAAGGAUAUAUAGCUAAUAAUGUAAUAUUCUUUCUAUUAAAAUUGAUUGUCCCGAACUUCUAUUCUGUGUCACCUUUAAUAUUCCCUACCGUCAUACACGUUCAUCGGUUCCAUUCCAUGCUUCUUUACCGUCACCUAAUUACCUUCUCCAUUCUCCAAUUAUCCGUCAUACGCGCACCGCAAACACCAACUCUUUUUUUACAUUAACUUUUUAACUUACCUUCUUCAAAAUUAUUCAUUACAUUAUAAUAUGAUAUGUUCCUAUACUUAAACAUAUUUUAAAUAUUAUAUAUACAUAACUCGGGUUAGUCCUGUAACAUUUACAAAUAAAUAAAUAUUAAUAUUAUACGGUCGUUAUUUUAAUUAUUAUAAUUCAUUAUUUACUCUCCGGUCACUCACCGCGGCUUAUCCAAGCAGCCCUCCACAUCCAAUCUUUAUCCUCGCGACGACUCGAGCCUGACCAACGUUUUAUUGUUAACUCCUUUUUAAACGGUUUUCUGGACGUUCCUGAACUCCUUGAAAUAGUCCACUUUAGAUUUCCCUCUUGUCCCGUCCGUAACCCGAUACCUUAUUGUAUACCCCGUCAUACCACCUCUUACGUCAAUAUAGCCGUCCUUUUCAUACCAUGAUCAGACUAUAGACUUCUUGGUUCCUCAUUUUAUUUUUAAUUUUUUUUUUUUUUUCGUAGACUUUAAAUUGCGUUUCUGUCCCAUAUCUGUAAUUGCCGUUUGGAGUUUAUUUAUGUAAAUACAGUUUUUUUUUUGAAAAAUAAUACAAAUUGUCGGAGGGAAAAACCGUUCGCUUCUUCCUGUAUAUUAUAAUUUACGAAAUAAGUCGGCACUCGGUCUAUUAUAAUAUCUCUCUAGUCGCUACCAAACAAAACUCUCCGCUAUUGUACGUAUACACCGCGUUGAAUCCUAUCCGUAUUGCAAAACUUCUUAUCGUGCGACGUGUGCGGUUCUAACCGCGUAUGCCUAAGUCUUCGCCGUCGUAUAGUAUACGUGCGUUUAAUAAUAUAACCCACACGAAAUAAUAAUAAUAUUACGUUACAUAAACGCGCACACGUGCAGUGUUCGCUGCACCGAUCGCUCCCCUCGCAUAUUAUAAUCGGAUUAUACGCCUAGAAAACUGUUGUAUUUUUGUUCGUUUUUUUUUUUUUAUUCGCGCGGCGUUGCGCAAGUUCCACCGAAACCGCCGACGCGGUGCUCCGGUGACCCGUUAACGCGCCUAAUAAAAAACCCGACCGCGCGAAGAAACGUAAACUAAUGAUCACACAUAUUAGCCGGUCCCGAGCCCGUUAAAAUCGUUACCGCCGAUCAGAGAAGAAAGAACGGAGGGGGUAGGGGGAGGUAGAAACAAUAAUUCAAACGCGAUAAUUGCGUUUGCUCGCUCCGUAUCAGCCGCGUGGGCUUACGUGUAGUAAUAUUAUAUUAUAACACGUGUCCGCCGAGUCGACGACGGAGAACACAAAGAAGAAAAAAAAAAAACCUAUCCGUCUCCUCUGUUACUACUCCUCCGCGCGCUGCUGCAGCCGUGACGACACAGCCGCGCGGCGGCGGCAAUAGUAUUUUAAAGUUGUGUUCGUAGUCGUGUACGUACACAACGUACAUGAGCGGAGGCGGCGGCGCGGUUGUGGGUCAGAACCAGAGUUACGGUAACGGCUCCCGGGCUGCGACGUUACGCAAUAAUGUCCGUCGCGAGUCGCCGUCGAUCGCGCGUCCGACUCCCCCCUCCCCUCCUUCCCCCCCGUGGAAACGUUAAUUUCGUUAAUUCUCGUUUUUCCGAAUUCGUUAAACUCCGGAACCGGCGCGGCAGGGUGUUGGGCGAUCUGCGCGAUAUUUUUGUCCGCUCGUAUAGGCCCUCUGUAUAGACGUUACUUAUCGGUCCGCGGCAUUCGGGCUUUAUUGAUUUUUCCCAAUAAAUGGGAAAAUAUUGUGUAUAAUACUAAACAAAUAUUACUAAAGACAAUAUAUAAUGCAUAUGCAAUUUUUUUUGACCAUAAAAUGACGUAUACAUAUAUUGUUUAAUAUAGCAACACUAUCAACCGAAUUCCGCUCAGAAUCGCUUUUUCGUUCGACUUCUCAUCGAUAAAAGUGGCACACCCGUCCCAAUUAUCCUAGGACAAGCAUUUCUUUCAUUUUUUUUUUUUUUAUAAUAUUCUGCCCGAUUUCCAUAACCGAAUAAACACUAUUCGAAUACUUAGUUUUUUUUUCCUACAACCGAAUAGUUUGAACGCGAUCAACUAUCGUAUAGUAACUAUCUUAACUUCAAUAGUGUCCAUAUCACUGCAGUUUUAAACCCGUACCGUAUAAAAAUAUGUGUUUUUAUCCGUUUUUGAUUCUCGUGAUAUUUUAUACAGGUAUAUCUAUACCAUAAUUUUGCAUACAUAUUGGAAUAUUUUGUUCUUCCGUUCUCACGUUAUAGAAACAACAACCCCCAGUACGUUUUAACGACGAAGAAUAUUUUCUCCGGUUUACCGAGAAAUCGUGUUUUUGAAUAAUAAUAAAAAUAUUAAAUAAAACGCAUUCACGUCACAAUAUAUUCCGCUCGAAAGCUUUCUAUAUUUUAAUAACCGAACGGUGAUUUUUGGCGACGAAUCUCUAUUUUGUGUUUUUGUUUCAGCUGUAUUUUACCCAAACUUGAAUGCGCUUUUCCUCAAAGCGUUGCUUAUUGACGUGUAUAUAAAAUUAUACAUUUGCGAUAGUUCUUUCGCCCGGAAAAUUCCAUUAAACGACCGUAUUGCAACGUACAGGUAGUAUAGGUACGUGACGCGCAUUUUCACAAUAUUGUUAUAUUUAAGGGACACGAAAACCUUUAUAACGAAAAUUCUUUUUAAACUCGAUUAUAAAUUAUCUACGGAAUAAGUUUUUACAAUAUAUUAUAUAGGUACCGUUUUUUUAUUGACCUAUAUAUUCGAAAAAUACUAUGUUACUUAUAUUACUAUACAGUUAUAUAGGAUGUCCUACGAAGAUACACCCAUAGCAAUAUCUCCCAAGAUAAAGGUCUUGAGACAAACAAAUUCUAUUUUUUUUUUUAUUAAUAUAUAUUACUCUCAGGGUUAUCCACUUAACUUAAAUUGUUAUGUUUUAUAAAAAUCUAAAAAAAAUUAUUUUAAUUUUAUUAUUUUCGAAACAAUUUAAAAUAGCCAUUUUAUAGAGUUUAUUAUUCUGAAAAUGUUGGCAUUUCGAUUUUUUAUUUUCAUUAUAUUCAUGAUUUUUAAUUAUUUUUAUAGUUUAGAGAAAAGUAUAUGAAAUUAUCCAACAGGCUAUAAUCGCAUUGGCUAAUAAUUAGCGAAUGCAAUUAUUGAUUAUUAUUAUUAUGGCUAAUUGACUGUACACUUUUUUCUACGGAAUUUAAAAAGUUGAUACGUCAAAAUUUUCAGAAGAAUAUAAUAAACUCUAUAAAAUGGCUAUCUUCAAAUUUUUCAAAAAUUAUACGAAAACAAAAAAAAAUAAUUGAAAUAUACAUAUUAUGUGUAGACCUUUUACAUUUUACCUUUGAGUAACAUAAAAAAAAAAACAGAAUUUUAUCAACUUUAUUUGCUCCGGAGAUAUUUUAAUGGGUAUAAGAUGUACCCAUUCACACACGUGAAACACUUGUAUAGGUACCUAUAUUAAUGCCUUAUUUCAUUUUUGGUAAUUUCAGUAACUUUUAUUUUGACAUAGUUUUUCUUUCUUUUUUUCGUUCAUAUUGAUUAUGUUAUAAUUCCGUUAUUAUAAAAUCAUAUCACGUAAACUCAACUAAUAUUUUUCUCGCCAAUGAAAAUCUUCGUUUGCAAAACUUUCAUACAAUAAUUUAUAAUAUAAUAUUAUAUUAUAUCAACGCUAGUCUAUUUUGAAGUCUAUUCUAAUUUCCGCCGUUUUCAUUAAUUUGGAUAUACACCUAAAUUAUACGAAUAGAAAAAUAGUUAUUUAUUUCAUAAUAAAUGUCGUUGAUUUUAAACUAAAUCAAUAUUCUAAAAUCAUUGAUAAUAACACGCGUAAUAUAUUAUCUAAUAUGGCGUUCAUGUUCAUAAUAAUCGCGAGUACUUAUAUAUUUUAACCGUCAUUAGUAGGUCAUUCCGAUACUUAUAUUAUAAACUCAGUACUCUAUAUUUUAAUGCUAGAUUAGGAUUAUAUUUUACAAUCCGGACGAUAACCUUUUUAAAUAACUUUAAUUUUCUGAUCUAAAGCUCGAAAAAGGAGAAGAGUGAAUUUGUAUACUUACAAGACUGUAACUGGAAUUCAAAUUUGAAAAUCCAAAUGUAUUUAAUAUUAUACACUCAAUUUGUUCACGUUCAAAUGUACAUCAUUGCCCCUCCCCCCCCAAGUUGUGGUGUUGAAAUUUCAAAACAUAAUUCAAGUGUGUAAAUAUUUACCAAAUAUUGUUUAGGUCAUCAAAAUUACAAUAUUAUGAUAGCAGACAGGAAAUAUAAUAAUAUAAUAAUAAUUAUAUUUCCGAGGGAAUUUCGUAGGGUUUUUGUUUAAUCAAAAUAUACAGCUCGAUACAAAAGAUACAAAAACCUUUUUUUUUCUUUUUUUAAAUAACUUUAAUUUUUUAACUCAAAAAACACGUAUAACAUUCCCUCCAAAAUAUUGUUCUCUAUACAUUUCAUAACAUGUACUUUUACUCUAAAAUCAAUAUUAAACUAGUUUUACUUAUUUUCCGUAAGCAUUGUUUUUGCAUGUUACCCGGUAGUUGGACUGAGACAGUAGAUGCGGGUAUAACGUCUUCUUAAACAACGUUUAAGUAAUUAGAUAUAAUAUUAUCAGUGCAAUUGACUAAAGGGAUUUGAGUACGAGUUCAACUUUCCGUGUGUAUUGAAUUGUUGGCUAUGGCAAUUCAGAAGAGAUAAUAUAAUAUUUAAUUGUGAAAAACUCGACCUAUAGUAAUUAUUAUUGAAUUCAAUAAUACAUUUAUAACAAUUUAUUUAACCACUUGUAUACGUACAGGUACUGUAACGUAUAACUUCUGUUCUGGAUAGGUAUAAGUUGUCGUCCCGAUAUAAUAUAGUCUGCGUGUCGGAAAUUCAGGAUACCUUUCUCCGUCCGCGCAAUGAUACGAUUCGUCUUGCUAUUUUCACUGUUAACAUAAAACAUUAUAUUGUUUACAUACAUUGUUUCUCGUACGUGUCUCGAGUGUUCUGUGGGUACCUUAUCUAUAUAGUUAUAAUAAUAGGUACUAUUGUUGGCGAGCUCUUGUCAUACCUAUACGUACCUAUAUUAUAUAGAACCGUUCUCGUAUCGAUUUCUCGAGUUUUCCGUAUAAUUUAAUUGUAUACCGGUUAAAACUUUUACCUGGGUACUCGAUUUUUUUUUUCCUCGUCACAAUUUUAAAUAUCACCAAGUAGCUGUUAUCGUAAAAUAUGUUUUGUGAAUAUAUUAUAUCCGCGAUAUGCCAAGGACUGUUAUAUAGUAGUGUACUGACAUUUCGGUACAACGGUGGUGCACAUAAUAUGCUGUCUUUUAAAAAUAAACCCAAGAAAUAGGUCAAACGCCGCGGGAAUCUAUACUGGAGGUGGAGGUGGCACUUCACAUUUUACUGCGGUGUACGUCGUAAACAAAAUGGUUCUUAAUGUCUGCUCCGCGUAAAUGUGUUUACAAAAAGUCUGUUUUCUGUAGUUAACCUAAUUUUAUUAUUAUUAUUAUUAUUAUUAUUAUUAUUAUUAUUAUUAUUGUUAUUAUUAUUAUUUAAACUUCUAAUAAAUCCAUCGAACGCGCAUUUCACUAUAACCUACUACUCGUGAAUUAUGUUGACGUUUUUAAUAUUAGAACAUUUUCUUUUUCAGUUUUGCCAUUCAUAAUAUUCGUGAAAAUAUAUAUGGAAAGUUUAACUCGCAAAACCGAGAAUAACACCUAGAAUAUAAUAUGAUAUCAGUCGUGCAUAGAGUUACGAUGGAAAUGGUAACGCGUUUACAGUGUACUAUUACAACCACAGUAUUACUACUGUAUAUACAUCGGUGUUGUUUUUUGGUCUUGACGAUAAUAUUACGCUGUUAUUAUUGUUUUAAAACGCAAAACCUACUCGGUCAACGCGUUAGAUAGUAUUCGUACAAUCGUAAAACGACAAUGGAAUUAAUCACAAUAUUGUACAAUAUCACUAUUAUAAUGAUAUUAAAACACUAAUAUUCGAUUAUUAUAACGAAUAUUCAUCGAAAUUUGACCAUACGGCAUAUUAUUACGUACUCGUUAUAACAUUACCGUGCGGUUAAAUUUGGAAAAACUUCGAGGAGGUGGGGCCGUAGGGGACUAUAUUAACCAAAAAUCGAGUGGUGUUUCCGAGCACUAACUAACAACCACGGUUAUAAAUAUAUCUAUAUAACCGUGCUAAUAACCUAACCAAAACGAUCAGAAAAUCCACGGGGUCGACGCAACCGACGUUUUUUCUGCCGCACGCAUUUGCCAGGGCUUAAAAAAAAAAAAAAAAAUAUUUGCUCACAAAUUACCCGCUUAGUCCUACUAGGUAAUAUUAAAGUAAAACAGUCCGAUUUUAUACUGUCCAUUUUUAAUAUAACUACAAUAUAGUAGUAGUAGUAGUACUACUAUAACCUAAUUUUUAAUAUAUCUUGAAAAAAAAUACAUAGUUAAAUAUAUUAACAUAAUAAUAUGUUUUACAUCACAAGUUUAACAACUCUAUUUAUUUAGAUUCGAUCGAAAAUGUUGGAGGGUAAAAAAUUGAUACUAUAGGCUUCCGAAAAAAAAACACCCUAAUACACUAAUAACAACUAUAUUUAUUAUUUUCUGUAUUAUUUUUCUUAAAUUUUGUAUUUUCCAUUGAUUAUUUAUUCGUUCUACGUAUCACCGCGUUAUAAGGGGUUCGGAUGUUAAUGGUCGCUUCGUCUAUACAGCUGCACACAGCAAUUUAGACAUGACAAACAGUCCGAUCGAUGCACGUAGUGAGGCGAUAUGAACAAUGCCUGAAAACAGAUUGGGAAUUCAGCGUAUAGUGUACGCAUUAAGAUCGUUUACUUUUUUCGAAUUUAAUUUUCCCGCGUUUAACGCGAAGAUUUCGAUGUGCAAAAAAAAAAAAAACCAACAAACUGCAGUGAAAUAUUAAAGACGAGGGGCGGGCCCGACCGAAUUCAGACGCGUUUUUGGGAACACUGAUCGCGUCGCGAAAUCGACCGGGGACCGAUUGCCGGAAAUACGGGUCCGAAAACUGCGGUCGGACGAACAAAGGCAAUAAUAAUAUUAUCGACGCGCGAUCCCCGCCAUGCAAUUUACCGUUUUCGAUUGAAACACGCUCUCUCAUGUCCCGACCGAAUCGCGCGCGUAAUGUUUUUUUUUUUUUUUUUCCUACGAUAUAAUAAAAUAUCGAUUGCGGUCCGUUCGUAUAUUCCGGCUCGGAACGGUUUUGCGGGGUCAAACGCGUGACAAACCGCUCGGCGCUAUUAUAAUAAUACCACCGGCUGCAAAAACACGCGGCUGCGGCUGUGGCGUGACGUCACUGCGGCGCAAAACUUGCGCCCGUGUGUUGAUGUUUUUGUUCGUCUAUCGACUUGUUUGUAUCUGCGCAGUAUUAUUUUCGUGUAGCGUGCCCGCGCGCGGCCGUUUUCCGCGUCCGCGGCCUUUUCCGAACGCCGCCGGAGGUCGGUCCGGGCGUCCGCGGCCUUUUCCGAACGCCGCCGGAGGUCGGUCCGGGCGUCGCGGCGCUAAAACGUAAUGUAACAUUUUAUAACACGUAUAGAUAAUAUUUUGUUGCUCGUAACGAUUAUGCGAUAAUAUUAUUAUAAUAUAUUUAUAUAUAGCGUCGGAAACGUUAAUGUACGCGCCACGACGGACGCCCGUUAUGACGUUAUACGCGGGACCUUUGUCCGUUCUCACAGGAAAGGUUUUUUUUUUUUUUUUUUUUUUUUUUAUCUGUUUGUGUUCCUCCGACGUUUCGCCGACAAUGUUCCGAACGGACGGACGGGCCGGACUACUGCGUUUUCGCGCCCCGAUAAUUUCCCCGGUCCGCUUGAAAUCGAACGGUUUCCCGGAUACGCGCGGCGUCGUCGCGACGAAACGCCCGGUUUCUGGUUUAAAACACAUACGGUAACGAGACGAAAUAAUAUUCGUAUCGAUAUCGAACGCGCGUAAUAAACUUUUUGUUUUUUGUUUUUUUGCUUUUAAUCGGUCCGACGCGUAAAAAUAAUAGGCGCUCAGCUCCCGUUUCGCCAAAGUUACAAAUUACCACGGAUGGGCAACAUAAUGAAAAUAAUUGACUGUUGAGUUCAUUCAAUUGAAUUUCCUUCAGUUAAAAAAUUAACAAAGAAAAAAUUCAAUUCGAUAAGUUUCGAGUUAAGAUGGAAAAUAAAUACAUAAACAAACGAAUGCGUCAAUGAGGAGUAUUAUGAAAUGUGUAUUGUACGACCGGUUUUUAAUAUUUCCAAGUCCGUAUUAAUAUCAAAGCUUGUCAUUGUGAUGGUUAUUUUCUAUAACACGGUUAGCGAAACUUGAAUUAGGUCUUUUUUGUUUUAUCAUUUUAAAGUCAAAAUGGAAAUCAAAAUUAAUUAUACUCAGUUAUAGGAAAAAAUUAAUUUUUUUUUUUUUUUUCAAGCUACGAUAUCCACGCCCAUAAAUCGCCCUUGUCUUUUGAUUUACACGAUAAUUAUUACAAUAUCAACGAUAAUACCCAGGUACCCACCAACAAUUAUUGUUUCGAUUAUGUCGUUGUCCGGUCCCAAUACGUUCACCGUGUCCGCCGUCCAUUGGCUGCUGUUACUAAUCACAAAUUCACAAUCGUGUUUUGAAACAAUAAUAAUUCGACGAAAUGGGACGGCGGCAAUGUAGGAUUAAUUUUGCCGCGGAACGGGAUAGGCACGACGCACGUUAUUCGUCGGUUUUCUCGGUUUCCACCGCGAAACAUUCGUCGUCCGCCACAACGGGAAGUGACCCAAAUUUUUUUCCGGGACGUUAUUGUUUUGCCCGUUGGAAAAGGUUUGAUUUAUCGCCGCAAAACACCUCGCGAAAAACGCGCGUUCGUUUCGCCAUUAUGUUACGUUGUAUAUUAUAAUGGUAUACAUAAAUAUUUAUAUUAUCGUUUCGAUUGCGUCGUCGAAUAACAUUCAUAAUAUUAUUAUUAUUAUUAUUGUUACUGCAAAUAUUACGUUUGUCGUAUUUUUCCUUUUUUUUUUUUUUUUCAACUACUUAUUAUAAUAUUAUUUGCUGUGUGCCGAUAGUAUUAUUAUAAUUUUUUUUUUUUGUCGACCUACAAUUUUAUUUUAUUGUUUUACGACGUUUUUUUAAAAAAAAAAAACUCUGAAUGUUUGAAUUAGAUAAACGCCACACUACGUAUCAAAACAGAUUGCACAGCCGAAACAUCGUACAGAAUGAUAUUAUUGUUAUUACUAUUAUGGUUUUAAUUUGUUCAAACACUGUGAAAAAUAAAAAAUAAAAAAUGUGCAUGUGCAAUUGCACGCGUUAAUCGUCCGAUCGGCGUCGUGUAUAUGUUACGUACACACGUCAUAAUCGUCGUAUUAUUAUUAUGUGUGUACCAACAAAGCGAUUUUUUUUUUUCUGUGUUAGUCGAUUUGCCGCGUCUUUUCCUUCGAUUCGCUUCCUCGAGACUAAUAAUUAUAAUAAUACACGCAUAAUAUUUAUGGUGACCAGACGUACUCUUUUUCGUAGGACAGUACUCUUUUUUGAUGCAUUGUCUUACACGCCCUUAACAAUGUAGUGUAAUUAAGUACACGCGAUCGUACUCACUUUUUGAAAAUAUUAUGGGCUAAUACGUGUUUAUGAUUAUGCAUAAUUUGAUUAUUCACUUAUAUUUUAAUAUUUAAUCGUUCGACCUGAUGCAUUCCAAACGUCUGUGUGUGACCGACAACGGUUGUAUUUAUUUAUUUAAACGUUUGCCUUUAAAAAUUAAUUUAAAUAUGUAUACGUUAAUUUUAUUUAAAAUUACUAAAAUUCCAAUGUAUUUUCAUCAAAGAAAGAUACACAAGUCAAAUGAGUUGACAUUUUCAAGUAAUUCGUUUUUAUGGUUGAUAGUAGAAAAAAUAAUAACAGAGUAAUCAGAUAAUAAUAAAAAAAAAUGUACAUAGAUGAGCUAUGGGCAAAAUGGGUAAAGUAUAGUAUACGCAUUGGACAGUUCUUUCGAGGAAGAGGGUUUUUUUUUUAAUAAUGGAGGACCUUAAUUAUAAAAUGUACAUUUUAUUUUUUUGAGUUUUAUAUCUGGUCACUGUUAUAAUAUUAUACGGAAACAUAAUAUUUCGAACAAUGCGCUCGGUGCACUAACUCCGACCGAAAAGCCGUUUUGAUAAAAAAAAAAGGACCCGGAAUCACAUGUUAUAAUAAUAAUGUUUAAUAAUCUUACAAAUUACAAUAUUGUUAUUUGCAUGCGUAGCCGUAUAGAUUUUCGUUAAAAAUUAAAAAAAAAAAAAUGAUCGAUCGUACUCCAAUAAUAAUACGAGCCUAUAAGAAAACCAAACAUUUCGUAUUUUAUCUUUUUUUUUUUUUUUUAAUAUUAUGUAGCCGUACGUAUCACAACGAUAAAACAAAUGAUAGUUACCUACAACAGUCGUGUUUUAGAUAUCACAAUGGAUAUUCGUGCGCACAUGUGCGCGUUGAUAUUGUUUUUAUUUUCAUAUGAGAGUAUAUCUGCGCAUAAAUAUCGCGUUUAUCACGAACAUUGUUAUUGUUGUUUUUUUUUUUUUUACUUUUAUAACGUAUAAAUUGACGUAACAUUUUAUUCGUUUUAUUUCCGAGCGCAGUAUUGAUAUAAUUGGGUAUGUAAUGCAAAAUUUGCCGUACGAUUUGUUUUUUUCCGUCCGUUCACGACUUUUCUAUUAGAAAUAUCGCUCCGAAUUUCUAGUAUACAGCGUAUUUUCUAAUAUAGCAUAUUGCAUCUAUAGUUGAUGCGUUGGGAGGUUGUUUUUUUUUCAAUGUAAUCGUAGAGACCUGAAAUAUUCACAAAACACGUUCUGCAGAUAUUGUACUAUUCUGAACGUGGUAAAAUUUUCAACAAAUUGGCGAUUUGACAUUUUCUAGGUUUUUUUAGUGUUCAGUGUUUAUUUAGUUUCGUGUGAAUAUUGAUGGUUUUGGCCGAUCAGAAAUGCUAGAUUUUACAUGGAGUUCAUUAAUAGAAAUACAAUUUAGCGUGAUGCAGUUGUUUUUUUAAAGCUAUUUUAAGUUUAAAGUUUUUACGGAAAUCAGCUUUUUUAAUUGAUUAUUAGAAAAACUAUUAGCAAUCUAGAAAAAUUGAUUGAAUAUAGAGUACCUAUCACCGAGCGGAAAAUUGAUACGGCGUUUAAAAAUCUGAUCAUUUUUCCUAACCGAAAAAAGCGUUUUCUUAAAAACAAACAUAUUCACUGUACAGAGUGAGCCAUUUAAGUAAGUACACUAUUGAUUUCUCGGAAAGUGUAUACUUUUUGAAUUUUUUUUUUUUAUGAAAAUUUAUAAACAGCUGUUCUAAAAUUUAACUUUCACGUCAUAUUUUUUAUAUUUAUAUCGGAGGAGAGUAGUGGAGCAUCAUUUGUAUGGCGUGUGGCGUUCUAAUAACGUACCACUAUUCUCCCCCGUACCAAACUGAAAAGUGAAAUAUCUCGUCAACGAAUUGACGGAAAUCAAAAAUAAAAACACUAAAUCUAAUUUAAUCUAAUAGUCCAUCUGUUUAUGGGAUUUUUCAAUAUAGGUUGCCAUUUGAAAAAUCAAAUGUAGGUUGUCGUUUCGCUCUCAAAAAUUAAAGUGAAUUAAAUUAUUAUGAAUGUUAAAUUUUAGAGCAGCUUAUUUGUUAAAUUAAAAAAAAAAAAAAAAAUGGAAAAAGUACCUAAAUACUUUUCGUCAUAUCGAAUGUGCCCACUUAAAUGGAUCACUCUGCACAUAUUUAGAAAUACUAAAAUAUAGGAGACAAUACUAGAAAACAGGUGCGAAUAUACUUCGAACGCCUAUGGUAUAACUGUGUAACUAUAUGCGACUAUAUGUAAAACCAUAUGUAUAUUAUAUAAUAUUAUGGGCGAUGUUUCGAAACGUGCUUUAUUUUAAAUUGUACUUAUUAUCUAUCAUUUAUCGGAACAAAACAAAGAGGCGCACAUUUGAUAACGUACGACAACACACGUCGUUGAGUUAUAUUAUUAUUUUUUUAUGUAACCUAUAUUUUAAAUCGUAAUUGAAUAAUCGUAUUUUCCAUUUGAUGUGUUGCUAUACACUUGUAUAGCAUCACGUCAAUAAAAAAUUGUGUCAUAAUAAUAUCGUAUCUUAUCUCCUAUAUUAUUAUUAUUAUUAUUAUUGAACUUUGCGGUCGUUAAGUUAUUAUUAUUAUUAUUAUAUUAAUAUUAUUGGUUUUUGUGUAGCGUACAAAACUAUAUACUCGUCCGCGAGGGUAAUUACGACAAUGAUAAUAUUAUAAUGAUUAUUAUACGGUGUUGUCGAUGAUAAUGAUGAUGACAAACAUGGCAAUAAUAAUAAUAAUAAUAAUUGUAGACGUUACGAAAUUUUCCGCGUAUCGAUUAAUAUUUUGUACACGACCGCGUGGUACAAUGAUUAUAAUAAUAAUUUAGGUUCAAUCGAUGUUUCUCGAGAGUAUGCAUGCAUAAUAUCUGUAUAGUAGUAAAACAUUAUAAACGUACACUACACAUGUAUAUGUGUGUAAAAAAAAAAAAAAAUUGAAAAAAAUCGACUAAUACAAAACAGCAUGUCAAUUAUAUAUAUUAGCCACGCGUGCAAUACUAUUAUUGUUAUAAUCAGUGACGUAAAACGGUCAUAAUUUCUGGUAACGCGGUGAAAUAUUUAAUUAUUCAACCCACCGAUACACCGAAUUUCUCGGUGAAUGCCCCCUGCCUAUAAUAAUGAAUUAAGUUCUGUCUCUAACAAUAAUUUUUUUUUCCUCAUAAAAAGCAAAAAUGAAAUCGUGUCGUUUUUGCAGCGAAAACUUAAUUGAGUCGUUACCAAACAUUAUGUUUUAGUAUGGGAGGUGAGCAUAACAGCGAACAGAUAAGACCAGCGGAUCGAAUUCACGCGAUUCGGGUUGAUGUACUCGUUCAUUUGUAUUUGCCGCGCUCGUGGUCCCCGAACCAUAAAUUUAUAUCAUCACGAAAAUAGCAAUUUUUUUGUCGUUUGAAUGUUUAGGCGCUUUCGAAAAUAGAAAUUAAAAAGACGGAUACACUUCGCACGAUGGGCGGGCCACUGUUGUAGGUAAGAAGUUGGAGAGGUAUAGAGGGGAACUUUAAAGUACAUCUGUACGCAGCGAUUAACCAAUUGCUAACGAAAAAUGAUUAUGACCCGAAUUCGGUUAAUAGUGUUGCUUUUUUAACAAUACAUAAUAUAUAUGUACGUCAUAUUAUGGUAAAAUAAUUACAUAAUAUUACAUUAUAUAUUUUCUUUAAUAAUAUUUGUUUAAUAUUGUACCUAUUUCCUCGUUUUCCCCCAUUUAUUGGGAAAAUUCCUGGGGAAAUCAGAAAAUUUCCCCCCUAAAGUAUCACCCCAGUCAGAUUUCAUUUCAGAACAAGUGUUACACUUAAAAAUCGGAGCAAAAUUGUCGGUAGAAAAGUUGUGCGCAGUAAAAAAACAAUAAAUAAAAUAAACAUCAUUCAAAAACCAAUACAUUGCUCGCUCCGUUCGGAAUCUAAAAUGUAUACAAUUCAGUAUAUUGUACAAAAUGUUCGAAAUAUUAUUCCGGUGUUGCGGGAAGACAAUAGUGCAGAGCCUCCACAACCAAGAAAUGUGGCCGGUGCAAGUGGUCCAUUUGUGCAGGCCAAUUCACGCCACCGACACUUAUUAUAUUGUGGUGCUCGUGAUCAGUAGAGCACGCAGGAUUUUUUUUUCGGGAGGGGUUGUGUUUAUAGCAAUUUCCUAAAGAGAAAAUAGCACAUAUUAUCAGUACAGUACUAUCGCUAUUAUUGCCGAAUGAACGAUUUUCGAUGAAAUUAAAUUGUAUUUUAUCCUGUGGUAUAACAUAUACCAGUCUGUUGUUGAACGUAACACUUGAUUUAAAAAAAAAUGCAGCGAAGGAAGAAAUUCCGGGGUGGGAGGGCUUGACCCCUCCCCUCUCUGUGUGCGCCGCUGCUCGUGCAGGUGAAAACACUAAUUUAUUAUAAUUUAUAAGCGCUGUGUUUGCUUGUCAUUCGAAAGCGUUAGUACAUACUGGGCAGCUUACUCGGGCGAUUUUGCCGUACGCGUCCAAAAUGAGCGAAGCACGUUUGGAACGUUCGGGCCACUAACAAAAAUGCGACCCGUUUGAACCAAUACUUUUAAAUGUCUAUAAAGGCUCGUUAAAUAAACGUUCGGUUAAACUACGAAAACUAAUUUUUAAAUUGAGUGAUAAGUAAAUUAUUUAAGUUUGCAUACAAUUUGUGUGUAUAAAUUUAUUUCAAAAACGUACCGAAAAUCCAGUUAUAUUAAAUGUAUACCUAUAUCGAUUAUCUUUAAACGACAGAUAUCUGUGGAUCGGGUCGUUGUACACGAUAAUAUCGCACAGAUAAAAUACUACUAUAUAAAGGCACGCUCAAUGAACGUUCAUUUAAACUAGUGUAAGGACGAUUAUGGUCCGAACGGGUCCUGCCCGUCCAAAAUAUCGUAUCACAACUCCCGGUCGCGUACUCGUACAGUUUAUAAUAAUCGGUAUUAUUGUUGUUAUUGUGGUUAUUGUCCGCGAAGAGGACGGCGGCUCGGUCGUACACGGACCAGCUCUUCCCCGCCACCUGUCACGGAUCUCCGCGCGUUCUAUACUAUCACCCGAUCCACGGUGUUCGCCCGUCGUCGUCGCCACCGGCUACAUUCGCUUUUCCCGGACCCAAUUCGACCGUGGAUUUUUUUUUUUUUUCUCUCAACCGGUCGACCUCCAACUCCCGUUACCCGAGCCCGGCCGGGAUUGCUCAAUGAGGCGGAGGAGUCAAAUAUACAGAAAAAAAAAAAAAACCCUCCGCCGGACGAACAUUGCGGAUAUGUUUUGUACGGAUCGCCGCUGCUACGGAACAUAAUAUUAUACCGCUCGCGGGAUACGUCGCACCGCCGUAGGCGGAAAGUUUGGAAGAUAAAAUAUCUGUUAUGAUACACGGUAACUGUAGGUACGCGACGACGGUGAGAUAUCCGAAUGCGCACGUUUGUCCCUUUCGGUAGCCCGAUUGCGUACGUUUGUACGACUGCGUACGAUUUCUGUAACUGACCCUAAAAAUAUAUUACGAAUGCGUAUAAAAAUGAAUGGAACGUUGCCAGCAUCCACAACUCAGUUUAUUUAUUGUAAGAAUACAAUUGUUAUACGAACGUAUAACAUACGAAUUUAGGUUAUAUUUUACCAGGUACUAUUGAAAUAAAACCAAUAGUAGUCAAUUAAAAACAAACAUAAUUUAAUAAAUUACAAUGUAAAACCUUGGUAUUGAUAACCAGUCCCUGCAGAAAAAGUUGCUAUACAUUACCAUCUAUUUUAGAUUGAGAAAAUAGAUGGUUAUAUUACAUGGCGGUUAUUUUUUUGGAUAACUUUAGUGUUGGAAUAGUAGUAAUGGAAAUAUCACAAUUACGUUUAACAAACUUUGGGUACCUUAAAGGUUAGUUAAUCAAAGGUUUUUCCUAAAAUAAAUAAAUUUACAAAUUGUUCACAAAUUUCACGCUAACGUGCAACUGCAACGUUGCAUUAAAUUUGGGUAGGAAGAACGUACGCAAUCGUAACGUACCCCGUGAUGAUAGUAAAUCGUUGCGGACGAAAAACGAUUCUGAACGAAAUUCGGUUAAUUGUGUUUUUUAAAUUAAGUCAACAAACAGAAAACUGUAUUAAUUUGAACCAAUUAAAAAAUAAAUUACUUUUUUGUUUACGAUUACCCCAUUGUUUAAAAUCGUAAACACGCCACUAACAUGAACAUUUAUUUUUUCUAGAAUUUAUAUUAUGUAUACAUAACUAAAAAUAACAUACUUUCGAGAUCACAUCUGAAAUUUUAAAAAAAAAAAACCAUAUACUGCAGUAUUAUAUACCUUAUACCGGCGGACUUAGUGGCGUUUUUUUGGCUUUUUUGGGGGGAAUGUCCUGACUCCUGGCAAUACUUUUUCUCCACAAGUAUUAACAUAGCUUCAUCAUGAAUUCAUACCUGAUUAUAAAAUACCUUAAAACCUUAUAAGUUGUAAUUUGUUGUGAACAAAUUUUAGGAUUGCUACUUAAAUUUUUGAUUAUUUUAAAAUUAUGACAGGAAUAAAGUAUAAACGAUUUGACUGAAUAAAUUAAAACUAAUUUAACACUUAAAUUUACUGAGUAAUUUCCCAUAUCAGUUUAGCUGAUUUUGUAUAUUCGUAUAUUCACUAUGUAUUCGUGUAAUACACAUAAACCUAAUAUUUUUAUCGUUUGGUAAUCCAAUUAUUAUUAAUCCAUGAUAGAAAUGUUCAAAGCAGUUUUAAAAUAUUUCGUCAUUCGUCAACAAUAUUUUGCGAUACUUCAGUAAUGAAUAGAAAUAGAAAAAAAUAUUGGGGGUUUAACCCCCAGGACACCUCCUCCUAAAUACGCCAAAGGCCGGCGGUGGUUCUACAACUCUUUUUUUAUCCAUGGCACCUUUUGGGUGUUUUAUAAAAAUAAAUUUUUAUCGAUCAGGUAAUUUCCCCAAUUAUAAUUUAAAAUAUCUAAACCGGGAAAACAUUUCACUAUAAACCCGUCUCCAUACGGACAUUGAACGCUCCGGCACUAAAGUUAGGUAACGUUUCCGGAAUUUUCUGUUCCAAAAGUUAGUAACGGACGAAAAAUGUCUAAUUGAUUUCUGUGUACCCCCAUUUUCUGGAUAUUUAAUUUAUCUUGAAUUAUUGCUCUUAAAUCUUAAAUAACUAAUUAUUUUAUAAUACCGGAGGCUGUUGCAAACGGCCUUUGUAAUUUUAAUAAGUGCAGACAAUAGGUAUCUGAUAUAUGGAUUCUUUAUGUUUUCCAUGAUUUCGAGGCUCCCCUAUAGGCUAUAGUAGAAGUUCCUCGGUACUCCGGUUGAGAAUCACUGCCUUGUACGCUAUCGAAUAUUGUACAAUGUAUAGUUUUAUUUUGAUUUUUUUACUUACCGACCGUACAAGUGGUGGACCGUGUUCUUUAAAAUCCGGUUUGUGUGUUUCAUCGUUCGUCUGCGGGUAGAUACUUAAACCAUAUAAGCCGUCGAAAAUCAUAAUCAACGAUACCUAUUAUUAUACGAGUACCCAUAUCACGUGAAUUCGGCGAUUUGUAAAGUCCGGUAAUUAAAACGACCGUAAAUAAUAAGGGGAUGAAUAAAUCGGCACGAUUAGGAGAAAAAAAAAACCUAUCUCGGCGUUCGUUUCAAUCCACGAACACUAAACUAUUAUUAAUUAUCCCGUAUAGUCAUCGUUCGAUGAAAAAACACCCCUCGUUUCUGCACCGUGAACAAAUUCGUAAUAAACUGAAAAAAUCAGAUUUCCCCUAUAGGUAUAAUUAACGCUACCGUUCGAUUAUAAAAAAGGCUGAGUGACAUUUUUCCAAUUAUUCAAAAAAAAUCCACUCCUAUGGACUUUGAUUUGUUUUUUUUUAUUCUUUUACAUUAUAUAUAAAUAUAUGCUUGUAUUCGAUUAAUGAAAACCGAUUGAAAUGCAUACGGUUUGAAAAAAUGACGAAUAACUAUUGAAUUACGCCGAAAUUUAAUUAUCACAUGUGGUGUACCUUUGAAAUACAUGUAUACAUGUCCAUUAAUCAAAUCCAAAAUUAAAUUAAUUCGAAAUAUAUUGAACAUUUGUACACCGAUUUUAUUCAUGUCGAUCACGUCUCUAUAUAUACAUUCUAGCGUAAAUUGAUUUAAAAUUACUUAUAAUAAUUCAUUGUGGGGUUUUUUUUCAAUUAUUAAUUUUCGCCGUUAUUAUAUUAUAGUAACAACCAUAGAAUUUAUUCAUUUUGGUAGGUAGUUUUUUUUUCCUUAUAAAAAAAACAUGACCGAUCGUUUAGUUUACCAUCUUUGUAUUAUCCGUAGAUAAAUGUUUACUCGUGUAUAAAAUGACGUCAUAAUAUAUAGUACAUAUAGGCACACCCGGAAAGUGUCGACGAUAUUGGAUUUUCACGACGUCUAGCUAUCAUUAUCAUUAUGAGACUUAACGAGCUGCAUAAUAUAGAUAAUAAUAUUAUGACAUUAUCGGACGUAUCGAUUCGAUGGACUGACGAAUAAAAUAAAUAUUUAUUCAAAACGUAUAUUACAUUACCUUUAUUUUAUUUUUAACGGUGUAGUAUUCUUAUCGCCGGUGUUGAUAAUAAAUUCGAUAACGUGUGAUGUUUUCCGUUCUCGUAUAAUAGGUACAACAUGACGGAUGAUUGUGUUAUUCAGUGUACAUAACGUUAGUGCCGCUUCAACUCGGCUUGAAAAGUGAUUUGUUACAAUGUAUGUAAUAAAUAAUAAUACUAUAAUAGCGUAUAAUAUGCCCGGACUGAUUACGAACCGAGUAUUUAUCCGCUGAUAAAAAUAUGGAAACCGAGAUAAAACGUUCGUACACAAUAUAAUGACAUUAUGGUCUCGUACGAAUAUGUGGGUACCCGAGUCACGAUUACUUUUUUAAACUCGUGUACCUGUACCGACUAUACUUUCAGAUGGCAUUUGGGUACCCAUUGUAUAAUGUUUAAAAUAUGUUAUGAAGGUAAAAAAAAAAAACAUUAAAUUUGGUGUAAUCCGUCUCUCGGUGAUAUAUUUGGAAGAACGCGUCUUAUACAAGUCAAAUUGUCCAGCGUAAUAUUGGUAUUAUGUUAACGCUAAUGUAUAUGAACAUUUUUUUUUUUAAGGAGGUUUUCAGUGUCAAAAUGGACACACAGUUAAGUUAAUUUGACACGCCUGUAGUCACAUUUGGCUUACUGUGUGACAUGUGUUCAUUAAAAGAAAAACAAAUGGUUAAUGAUUGAAUUCAAUUUUCUAAUAAAAUAUAAUAUUUUAUAUAGAAAUUGAUACUAUCACAGCUGGUGGUGGAGAAACUGGGGAAAAUCCAAAAAUAUAUUGGAAGGUUUGGUUUAUUUAUUAGUUCGUAGACCUUUAUUAGAGUAAAUGGUAGUGAACACAUCAGGGGGUAUCCACUGAAAAAUAACUUGGAAAUUAUAUUCGCGGUUGUCCGACAAAUAAUUGGUUACAUACUAACAAUAAAUCGAAAUACGUUUUUGAAUACCGUUACCAUUAAUUUAAUUUAAAACUAUUAAUUUAAAACCAUAAUAAUAUUGUUUUAUGUAAACCCAUGUGCACUCGGUGUUUAAAAUGUGUCAAAUAUCGAAAUGCCUGCCCGAUUUACAAUCCCAAUAGUUUUAUGGUUAACCUUAAGUAUAAAUUGAAUAUCCGAGUAUUAUUUAAUGUAAUUAUUGGAAUAUCGAUACGCUUGUAUGUAAUAAUAUUUGCUCAGAAGUUUAAAUAGUUUUAUUUUCUAUUUUUAUUUCAGUCUUUUCAAGGCAGUCAAGGAAGAGCAUAUCUUUUUAAUUCUGUGUAAGUACAUAUUAUUAUUAUACACCGACUUACAAUAAUAUUGUCCUUGUUUGUACCUUUGAAAUAAUAUAUCGAUUAAAAAUAAAUUAAGUAUUUCUGAAGUCCGAAGUUUUACUCGGCAAUUUUUAUACGGGACGUGUAUGUACACCCCCCUCCCACCUUCAUUAUCGUUCAAUAAAAGGUAAAUAUUCAUUUUUAUAUUCAUUUUCCCGUUUAGCGUAAACGUCGGUUGUGGGCCAGCAGAAGAAAGGAUUUUGUUGACCGGACUUCACGCGGUCGCCGAUAUCUACUGCGAAUGUUGUAAGACUACCUUGGGCUGGAAAUAUGUAAGUGUACCUCAUAUUAUUAUUAUGUCCACAAACCACGCGCAAUAUAUUGCUAAACAAAAAAACAAAAAUAUUUUGCAAAACGAAAAUUUAAAUUUCAGACUCGUAAAAUAUGUAUAGUUAACAAUUAAAUAAGAUGUUGAAUCUAUAUAAUUCUAUAGUAAAAUAUAUACAGUAAAACCGCGAUAAGUCGAAAUAAAUGCCGUUCCCUUGCGAAAACCUCGAUUACUCGAAAGAAAAACAUUAAAUACUUCAAAAAUUCUGUGUUCCGAAUGUAGACAGAUAAUUUUUAUAACCAUUUGUCUAAUCAGCUUGCGCGUCCUAUAAUUUAACCUAAUAACCUGUUACAACACAAUUUUAAAAUAAUAAUAACAAUACACACUAUAAUUAUUUUUACAUAAUAUAUACUGUGUGAUAAUUAAAAGCUAUGAUACGUACAUACAUUUUAAAAACUCUUUAAGUCGAAUUUUUUUUUCCUAAAACUACAUUUCCCUUGAAUUCUGGCCUAUUGAUGUUCCACUGUACAUAAUUUUUAAAUUUAACGUUUAACUGUUUCGAUUUUUCACAGCUCAUAUUAUAUUUCCAACGUAGAAUUAAAUCUAUACAUCCAUUAGUUUGUAAUAAUAUAAUGUACACGAUGGACCCUAUAAUAUCGUUAGGUGCGCCGUGUGUUACAGGAACACGCGUUCGAGUCCAGCCAGAAGUACAAGGAGGGCAAAUACAUAAUCGAAAUGGCGCACAUGAUCAAAGAAAACGGCUGGGAGAGUCCACCGAAGAAAUGAGUGUCAUAGACCCUGUUCCGUCCCUUUCUCGUCCCGUCCCCUCCACGAACAUGCACCAAAAAUAUCCUACUCUCUAUUUUUCUACCACCCCCUCCAUUCUUCCCUCCCCUCCCAUUUUUCGUACACCCCAAUCUCGCCCAUUAACCCUAUCAGCCCACUACUCGCGCCGCUGUACAUUUCUCCGUUUCGUUUGACUUCCGGCGUGUUUCUCACCGGACUUUAUCGUUGCUUCUUCAUCAUGUCCGUCGCUUCCGCUUACAACGUCGAAUUUUCACCGCCUUCGCUCACGUGUUUGCAAAAUGUGUUUUUUUCGCCACGGAAUGACACGAUAUGACGAGAGAGGCAAAACCCACUACUUAUGACUUAUUACAAAUAUAAAUACAAGGUUUGCGAUGUUUUCGGCGGCGAUUUAUUGUAAAUCGUUUAACGCCGUCCGCUUAGACAGAGAAUCCAACGGAAAACAAAAAAUAAAAAUAUGUGUAUUUAAGUAUGGCACUACGCGGUGUAUUAUAAUUUAUAAUACGUACGGACAGACGCGAUCAUCGACAACGGAGGGAAUUCUCAAUUAAACGGCCGAGUCUGUGCAACGUUACGUAUGUACUAUAUUAUUAGACUGUUGGCUGCAGUCUUAUGAUAAUAUAUUAUGUUACGUUAUAGUGAUAACUAAUAUUAUAUUAAUUGUAAAUGGUGUACCUAUCUAUAUUUUAAAAAAAAAAAAACAAAAAAAAAUAUGUUAUUAAGUAUAAUAUAUAUUGUGAUAAUGUGAUUUUAAGAGUAGGUAUAUUUUAUUAAGUAUAAGGUCGGCUCUGUAUGUAAUUCAAUUACAACGAAAACAAAAUUAGAGAUACACACCUUUCGGGAGGCUUAUUUUUACUACCUAUAUAGAUAUUAUAUAUUACAAUACUAUAUGACCACAAAAACGAGAUUUAUCGAUUUUUUUCGUUGAUAUUUUAUUAAAAUAGUGAAAAAAGAACAAAAAAAAAAUUUAAUUUUAUAUAAUAUUUUGUGCUGUAAAAAAAAAAAAAAAAAAAAAAAAUUGAUACGCCUGUAUUUUAUCUUUUUAACCUGUUAAAUGAUAUAUAUUAUGUAUUAUAAUAAAAUAGGCUUAAAAUACAGAUAAAUAUAAUAAUAACUAUAUUUUCAACAAAAAAUAUAUUAACACAGGGUUUCGUUUUGAAUAAUGUUAUAAUUUUCGUUGUAUUUUGAUUUCGUUCGUUUUUCUUUAACAAUUUCGAUCAGCCCGCAAUAUUGAAAGGUGUAUGAUUCGUUUUUAUUUUUUUGUAUUAUUAAUUUUAUUAUAAUUGAUCGUGUCGUAUUAAUAUUCGAUUGUUUGCCAAUAAUAUAUGAAUUAAACGUUAAAAAAAAAAAAAAACAUCCAUUAGUACAAAUUAAAAAUUAAACUUCUUGAUUUGCUACAGACACUACCAAAUUCCCGAAAACGUGUGACACAAUAUUAAAAUUCGUGAAGUUUAAAAUCGUUAAUCCGUGAUAUUUUUUUUUUUUGUGGUCAACUUACCUCAUGUUUAUUGUACAUUGUAUUCGUUGAUAGAUACAGUACUUUUAUAAAUAAUAAUACACAACAUUCAAUUCUUAACAUUAUACUUAUAAUAUUAUUAUCUCGUACAAAUAUCUAUUAUUUUAUGUACCUAGAUUUUCGUGAAUUUUACAAAUCGGAGUAUGCUGGGAGACACGGUACAUGACGAUUUUUAUCACAGACCUAACUAUGUCAUUAUCAAUUUGAAUUAUAUAUUAUAUAAGUGAAUACCCUGUAUAAUUUGUGUGAACUACUUCGCACUUUGGCGACGAGAUCAUAAAUAAUAUACUAGUUGUAUCUAGGUAAUUGAAUUUUAGCGCGUUCUUUCUAGGUAUAGUAAUGCAUAUAAGUCAAAUUAUAUUAGAUAUUUCAAGAGCCAAAGUAAUUAAUAAGUAUAAUAGAAAUACUGUAUCCGCGAUACAUAAUAAUAAUGUCACCACGGUAUUAUUUACAUUAGUUGGUUUUUUUUUUUUAUAUAAAAUUGUACUACUUUAAUUCAUUGUACUUAAACCAUUCGCUGGUCUCAAAAUUAAAAAAAAAAAAAAAAAAAUAAUCAUUAAACUCUGAAUCCAACACGCUAUAAUAUUAUGUUAGGUAGUAGGUCCUAAUUUCAAAACUUCCAUUUUAUUUUUCAUCGACUCGAUUUUUUUCGACUAUAUAAUAUUAUUAUUUUGUAUUUUUUUUUUUUUUAUUAUUAUUAAAGUUCCUGUGAAAACAAAAAAAACUUUUCCACUUGUCCUUGACAAUACUGAUCUCAAAAUAUAAUAAAAAAUAUUACCUAUAAUAUGAUUUAUUAUAUUUUUAACUAACAGAACGGCCGGUGAGUUGUAAAAAUAUUUUACUUAAAACGUAAAAUUAUGCUGUCUUGAAUCAAUAUGGAAAUUAAUGACACACAACUGCUUAGCUCAACUGUUAUUUACACGAUCACCCCGGGGAUUCGUUUGUUAGAAUUACCUGAUAAAUAAUAAUAUCUAAUAAUGCAAUUCUCGUCCUAUAUUUCCGAGCCACGCGUAUCUUAUAAUAUUGAACAAUAAUAUACUUACUUGUCUAGUCUUCUUGUCAUGGCUCGUUCAGAAUAUUAUUAUUAUAUUUUAAAUCUGAUCCGGAAUUUACAUGUUAUUAUUGUUAUUAUUAUCAUCAUAUUAUCAUUUUUAUCAAUCGACAAAUCGAUUUGGACAAGAUUCAAAAAUAUUAUGAAUAAACAAUACUAAUAAUAAUGUAUUUUAUUGUUGUAAUUCCGGUAAUUUUAAAAAUAUGCACUCCUACUUGGCUACUUUUUUUUAACAAAAAAACUAAUUAAUUUCUUUCUCUUCUCGACUACCAUGCCGACACUCCAGAGUUCAGAAUAACCGACGACUAUAAUAAUCUUGCAGAUCCCUUUGUUUUCCAUGAUUAUUAGACAUAAUAUUAAUAUUAUUAUCAUCAUCCGUGUUUUUUUUUUUUUUUUAAACAAUAUUAUAAUAAUAUUUUGUCUAUCUCUUUAUCUAGGUACCUUUAUUAUUACUAUUAUUAUUAUUAUUAUUAUUAUUAUUAUUAUUUUUUAUUAUUAUUUAAUACAAUUUUAAAUCUAGUCUAGUACACCUGUAUAAUAUUAUGUCAUCAGCAUAGUAAUAAAUCAAGUACUAUUCGUCUUUCAAUAUAUAGGUUUCACGUGCAAAAAUUAAAAAUAAUUACAUAUUCUUAACGUAUAUAAUUUUAUAAUAUAAUCGUUAUUAUAGUGAGAUAUUUGUGUUUAGGUAUUAAAGAUAUUAAUUAUUUUAAUAUAUUAUUAUAUUGUAAUUAAUUUGGUAAGCACGUGUGUAAAAUCCCAUAUUAGAACUUAUUGGGUAUUUUGCUGAAUUUCAGAAAGAAAAAGAAACGAGUAAUUACUUAUAGCUUCAUUUACAUAUUUUAACACGUCAAACUAUAAUAUUAAGGUUCUACCGUAAUCAAAGGCGUUAAUUUUUUUUUUUUUUUUUUUAAAUGUCAUGCAAAAUCUAUAAUAUUUUGCAUGUUAAAAAUCACAUAAUGUGUUAAGCAUUAAACAUCAGCUGUUCAUUUGACUUAUUGGAAAUAGUAUUUUUGGUUCUCCGCUUCCGGUAAAAUGUACACACGUUUUUGUUGUUUAAGUUUUAAAAAAUAAUUUAACAUUAUUGAGUUCUUUAAAUGUAUUGUUUUUUUUUUUAAAUUUUAUACUUAACAUUUAAAUGUAAUGUUUAUAAUUAUUGUAUUAAGUUUCGAUCUAGGAACGUUAACCUAUUAUUUUGAGUUGUGAUUUUUUUCAAAAUGUGUACG